GCCUUGCCAGUCAGUCUGCCCGUCCGUCCAUCCUUCCCUGGAUCUGGGCUGCCGCGGGAGGAGGAGGCGGGAGGCGGCCGUGGCCACCGCUCCGCUGGCUCCUCCCUCGCCGCCGCCGCCGCCGCCGCCGCCGCCACCCGCAGCAGCUCCUCCAUGGCCGCUGCGGCUCCCGGCGUGGUUGCCUCUGCCUCUGCGCUGCUGCAUGUGCCGCUAGACGGGGAGGCGGCGGCCGUCGAGGCCGGGCCUGGAGGCUCAGGACCCCCGCCUCCCUGAGCAGGAGGAGAAGGAGCCGCAAUGGCCCUGGCAAUGCCGGCCCCGCAGGUAGGAGGGCCGGGGCGCUUCCCUGGCAGCCCCUCGGGAGACCCCCGUCUCCUGCUCGGAGGCCUGGGCAUCUUCUCGCCCAAGAGCGCAAAGCACCGUCAUGGGGAGGACGGGCGGGGGCUCGGCGCCCCCCCCACCUCUCCUCAUUCGCGCCCCCUCCCUCUUCCGCCGCUGACCCGGUAGUUUGUUUUCUGCCUCCUUCCUCCCAUGUAAUGCAGGAGAAGUCUCCUCCCUCCUUAUUCGAGGGCUUUUCCAUGCAGCCCCAGAGGGGUCUAAGGGGGUCUCGCUCUUCUGUUCCCCCUCCCCUCCUUGCGCCCUAUAGGCAGGGCCUGAGUCCAUCUGCCUUAGCUGUGUUGGAGCACUUGGCCUAAAUGUCUUGGGACACUUGAAUUUUCUCGGGUUGCAGUGACAGCCUUCUGUCUACAGGCUCUGGGCAGGCCGUGAAAUGAGAAUACUGUCUCCUUGCCCCCUGUUGCCAAGGGGGAAGAAGAGGGUUUUCCCAGAGGCUGUGGUUGGGGAGAGAAUAUAUUUACUUUCCAAACCCCGAAGGUGUGUCCUCCUGCCUACACCCUGAAGAAGUGACUUAUCCUUCUCUGAGGACUGCCAACUAAGGAGUGGUUUGCUCUUCCUUUCCCUUAGGCACAUCAACAAUUGCCAUUUAUCACUCACUUAGAAUGUACAAAGUGUUGUGCAACCCUUCCUAUUUCCACAAUGAACUCAUCGCUGCUGGCCUUUUUAGACAGGCACUGAGGCUGAACUUGCUAAGUAAGGUACCUAGUAUGUUUGCAGCUGAUCAGUGGCUUGAACCAAGGUCUAUGGACAAGAUAGAUCUCCUUUGUUUUGUUAAUUGUCUUCUGGCCCAACCAGGUCUUGUCACCUCCCAAGAGAAAUGAAAGGCUCAGGGACAUGGAUGCUCUGUGUGCAGCCCCCAUUGCUUGCUUGCUUUUCUGCCAACCUUUGUGGUCAGUGAAGAGAGACAGUACCUUCCCUGCCCAAGAACUAAAGAUGCUUCCAUCUUCUGUCCUACAAAGUUCUUAGUGAUAAAAAGGUGGAUUGGCAGGCUUCCUUAAGGGAGGGUGUAUCUUUUUAGAAACUGCAACCAUCUUAAAGGUUAAAGAAAACAGCAAUCUAGUCUGGCAACCCCAGUGACUCUUUUUCUCUGCUGGAUAAGGACUUUGUGUUGCCCGUUUUAGAAUGGCAUUAGCUGCUUACGAUUCCCAGUAAUGUGCCACCUUUACUCUUUCCGCCAUUUCCAUCAAAUUCUAUCUCUGUAUGAAUGCUGAUUUGUAGGUUGGUUUCUGGUGACUUUGACAUUUUCAAGGUCUUAAUUAAAUUCACCCAGGAUGUGGGCUGUCAUUCCCCAGUUGUUAACAGUGGGCAGCUUUUACAGGAUAGAAAUCAACCAAGGGCACUUUGUCCAUCUUGAUACAGUUUUUCUAUGAUUUGCUGCCAACUGCUUUUCGUUGGAAGAUUACCACAUAUGUUUGGCUUUGGUGUUAAUGCCUGUUAUUUAUUUAAUAGUCAGUGUAAUUUCUUUGUCCAGAAUGGUGAGCAUUGUGAAUAUAAGCUUUUGUUUUUGCCCUUUGCUGUAGCUGUAUUGUUUUGAGUUUGGGAAAGCAAAUAACUAAGCUGAACAUCAGGGCAGUAGAUAUUUGAAAUUGUACUUUUGGUUUCCUUGCUGUCUUUGCAUUAAUCAGAUCCUAAAGAAAGUACUGCUGUUCUACUUGCCCGCAUACCAUCAAGUACCAGUGGGAAGCUUUCUUAAUAGUAUUAGGCAUUUGUUUUUAGCUGUAGUUGGAAGUCCAGUGUUACAGCUUAAACAAUGGGGGAACUGUUUCCAAACAGUGUGUCUCAAAUGAAGCAAGAAUGAAUGUAUGCAUGGGUGCAAACUGCUGCUGUGGCUUGCCUUGGGGGCGGGGGUGGGUUUGACUCUGUACUGAGAGGAAGAGGUCCAAAUUGCCAAUCAUUAAGUACCUGUUAGCUAUGUCUCUUCAGAAGCUCUAUCAGUCAGAACCUCUUGGAUACUAAUAUGGUGUUUAAAAAGUUGUUUUCCUUGCUGAUACUGGCUCAUGAAUUGCUUCUUUGGUAUAGAAUCUCUUAGCCAAGGAAAAUAGAAAUGAUAAGAAUGUCUUGUCUGAGUUAGAGUUUUAACAUGUGGGGGUAAGUACAUGUUGCUUGCUAAGCUUAAGAGUGAAUGGAUGUUUGGAAUUUCAGCCCUUGGGUGCCCUUAAGAUUUAAUAUUUAACCUCUUCAGUCUCGAUGUCAGCAAUUUGGUGUUGUCACAGCUGAAACAGAAAAGAGUGAUUUCUCUCUAAAAUACAAUGUACUUGGGAUAUAUAUAAGAGCCUUUUAGAAACUAAGAGCUGGUUCAAAUAUCAUUUUGACAUUCACAGGGUAUUUGGUUCUAGAAAGAAAGUGGGUUGCUAACCUUCCCACCUUAUCAUUAGUUACAAUGAUCAGUCUACUUAUUCAAAGCAUAUUUGUCCUGUUUGUUAGCACUUACAGGUAUAUUGAAUUGGCAUGGCGAAGAAGUAACAGAUUUCCAGAAAGUUGGGGUAGGUAGCAGUUCACUGUUGUAGUAGCAGUUCCACAAAACUCUGGAAAAAUAAUAGUUCCCAGCCUGAAAUGUUACUUUACAGGAGUUCAUGCUUUUAGACACAAACCCAGUUUGCACAUUUUGCUUAGUCAAACCAUGGCUUGGUAUGACUGAGCAAACGUGUGGAUUCCUGGAGACAACAUCAUGGUAAUGUUGUUGAUCCUUCUUCUUCUUCUUGCUGUUGCACUACCUGGAGUCAAGUCAUGGUUUGGUUUAAUAUGUCCAAACCUGGACUCAUGGUUUAUCUCACUUGAGACAAACCACAGGCUGUAGCCAAUGUUUGUUCUAUGGCUUAUCACAUACAUCCAACCCCAGGCUCAUGAUUUAACACUAAGCCAAACCAUGGUUGUGCUCACAGCUGUAUUGCACUAGCAGAACUGCAGGACGAGCAAAGCGAUCACAAUUCUUCUCCUUGAGAAUCCACAAAUUUGUUCAUUCACACGAGGCCAUGGUGUUAGUGUAGUGUUAUGUGCACAUGAGGUCAUUGGGUUGGGUCCAGACUUAGUCAUCACUUAAGUCCCAUAAAUAUCAGUGGGUCUACUUGAACCCAAUGACUGUCUGGAUCCAGCCCAUUGUCCCUCAGUGAGGAAAUCUAUUGCUUUGUUGAUAUAGUUCAUUUUCUUUCUAAUCAUGUUUGGGCAACAAUACUUUAUUUUUCUUGCCCAUAUGCUAUGCCUUGUGUUUUGUACUUUGCAUCACAACUGUUUGAAGUCUCAAUGAUCUAAAAACAUCUACUGGUGAAGAAAUUGCUUCCAUCCUGGGUUAUAACAUAUUGCCAUUCAAAAAGCAGCUUGAAAUGAAAAAGUAAUGUACUUGAAACUUUUACAAAUGAUCAAGAGGGUAAGAUUUGAUUUUUCAUUAACUUUAUUUGUUUAGGAGAAUAUCUUAUACAAUAGUGGAACAUUGUCAAAAACAUUUUUCACUCUGUACAACUAAAGACACAACCUGGUGUCACAGUUUAUAUUAAAAGAUUAUGUGCCAUGGAAUAAAUAAUAUUAAACUACUGUUUAAUGUUCGCAGUGGGUCAUUGUUCAGAUAGGCGUUUCAAAGCUCCCAUAUUCUCUUUUCAAGUGGAGAGCUAGCGUUAUAACAUGGGCACUUCCUUGUAGGUUUCUGCCGCUGUAUGAUAUAGUGAGCCACGCACAAUAUCCUUCACUACUGUCAUCUGAAGACUUGGCUGUAAGAGGGUGCAAUUGCAUGCUGAUGAAAAGCAUGCCUUUGUUUCAGUCCUUUUCUCUUGCUUGCACAAACCUUCACAGGCAUGUGCACAAGCAUUAAACUUUUUUUUUAAUGAUGGUGUUCCUGUGAUAUUAGGAACUUAUGCCUUAUUCUGACUCAGACCAUUGGUCCAUGUAGCUCAGUAUUGUUAACACUGACUGGCAGCGACUCUCAAGGGUUACUGACAGUGGACAUACCCAGUCCAUGCUGGGGAAUGAACUUGGGACCUUCUGCAAGCAAAGCAUGUGCUUUGCCCCUGAGCCACAAGCGUUUCUUCUUGGUACAUUACAUCAGACCAGCUUGCCAUUUUUUACAAUGUGGAGAAUCCCCACAUACUUGGCCUCUUUCUGGUUGCAGUGACUGGACCUUAAGACUAAUGAGUAAUUUGUAUUGAGCAUAGCUCACCACCGCAUGGAUGACUUUCAAAAUGUGGCUUGUGCUAUGAUUUUGUGAGCUGCAGUCUCAUUGUAUAUUGGAGAACUCAAAGAGUGGUUACCAUGGCAAAUAAGGCAGCUUAGGAUGACUUUUACCAUGUCAUCAUUAGAUCAGAAAAGGGUUGAUGUUAAAAUCCAUUUCUCUCUUUUCUUCCCUUCUCCCCUGCCCACUGUCAAACUUCUUGUCCAGCUCCAAAUUGUGACUUCACUGUGUCUUUGGGAGGCUGCAAGCCUUUGGUAGCCUCUUCGGGUUGGCUGUAUUAAGACACAAUGCUCAUUCCAGCAUCUCCUCCAUAACUUUGGGCGGUGUGGCUUCACAGAAGUGUGCAUACAUAAGGAGGGGAUGGUGAAGAAGAAAAAGGAAUGGAAGUUCAAUUUAAUUUUCUCCUCCAUUUGAUUUAAUAUUUGCACGCCACUUUUACAAUAACCAAAUUGAGCCCAAAGCAGUUCAAAACAAUAAUAUUUAAUAUUUAUUUUAUUUAUCGAAUUUGUAUACUGCCCUUCAUCUGAAGAGCUCAGCACAGUUCACAGCAUAAAAAUACACAAUAAAAUACACAAAAUACAUAAUACAUACAAGAAUAAACAAACAAAAAGUAAACAGCUAACCUCCCCUCCCACAAACCCAUUUAAAAGGACAUAGAAUUUUAAUCAGCCCAAGGCAUGGUUGAAGAGGAACCUUUCUGCCUGGCACCUACAGAUGUCUAAUGAAGGCACCAGGUGAGCCUCCCUGGGGAAAGCUUUCCACACACGGGGGGCCACUACAGAAAAGGCCCGUUCUUGUGUUGCCACCCUCCAGACCUCUCUUGGAGAAGGCACACGAAGAAGGGACUCAGAUGAGGAAUGCAGAGUCCGGGUCGGUUUAUAAGGGGAGAAGCAGCCCUUGAAUUAUUGCGGUCCUGAGCCAUUUAAGGCUUAAUAGUUCAAAACCAGCAUUUUGAAUUGCACCUGGAAACUAAUGGGCAGCCAGUGCAGUCAGGCCAGGAUUAGUGUUUUAUGCUCAAACCCUCUUACCCCAGUGUGCAACCUAGCUGCUGAAUUCUGCAUCAGCUGAAGUUUCUGAACCAUCUUCAGAGGAAGCCCCAUGUAUAACGCAUUGUAGUAAACAGAAACAAAUAAAAGCAAUAUUUCUUCACACACACACACACACAAUAAAAGUACAAAAAAGAAUCAAAACAAUAUAAAAUAGCAUUUUGUUUAGAAUAUAGGGCUCAUUUGUUCUUUCAACCACCGAUAAAAACUUUGCCACUGCUAACGUUCUAGCUUUUGUCUGGCCUUCCAGUAGGAACCUGACAUAGUGAGCCUCUGUUUAAGGCUGUAUGAACUGUGUAUUGAUUUGUAAUGUUUUGUUGGGUCUCUGGACUGUAAUAAAGAUUGAUGAUGAUAUAAAAUAGCAAGAUCAGACCAUGCAAUUCAGUCACAUUAGAUACAUAUGUUUGGAAUGUCCAUCAACUUUGUGGCAAGAAACAGAAAAAACAUUGAUCAAGUAUUUGUGGCAAUACUUUCCUUGCAUCCCCUAUUUGUUCCUUCGAUGAAAUCUGUAGCAUUGGUAAUAAGUCUGCCGAAUUUAACAAGCUCACAAAUGCUUACAAGCCCAGCUACCCACACAUACUUUUCCAUAUAUGCCAAAAAGACAAAAGUGAAGAGCCCCACUUGUGUAAAUCUUCCCUGCAUGGUUGGCUGCAGGCUGCUGCUGAUUAUUCGCCUCAGGAAGCUAGAGUUGUGUCUAGCCAUAAACCUGUUACAGUGUGAAGCAAUGUCACUGGUGUGUAAUGAGUACUUGGUCCGCUGGCAAAAUCUGUAUCCAAAGGCUUUGGGGAGAAGAUCUAGAGAGAUAGCCAUGUUAGUUUGUGCAAUAGCAGGUCACCUUAAAGACAUAAGUUUUUGUUGGCCAGAGUCCACAUACCUGGGGGAGGUGCAGAGUCAUACAAUGGGUGAUGUUGAAACUAUGGAUUAGGUGCUCUGUGCAUUGAGUUUCUUGCAUAGUAGAGGAAACUAAGAACCCCUAAUAUAUUUCUAGUGCAAGGGUGUGAAACCUGUGGCCCUGCAGAUCUGUGUGGACUCCCUUCUGCUUUAGAUAGCAUGCCUAGCAGUUGGAGAUGAUGGGAGUUGUAGUCCAGCAAUAUCUGCAGGGCCUUAGGUUUUUUUAAGCACUUCUGUAGAGACAGAUCAAUAUACGUUUGUUCCAAGUUUUUAAGGUAAUUAUGUCAAAUGAAUUUCAAAUUGCCCACAUAUAACUUGCCUUUGAGGCUAAUUUUGCAUUAAAAGUUCAAUUCUUGUGGCCCCUUCCAUUAGUAUAUUUUGAAGCUUUCAGAAAGUGAUUUGAACAAUUCAUUGGCUGUUGCUGUAAUUAUUAUUAUUAUUAUUAUUAUUAUUUAUUAAUAUGUAUACCUCGCCCAUCUGGCUGGGUUUCCCCAGCCACUCUGGGUGGUUCCCAAUCAAAUAUUAAAAACACAAUACAGCAUUAAACAUUAAAAACUUCCCUAAACAGGACUGCUGUUUAAAUAAGAGCACAAAAGUGAAUAACUCACAGGUAUGUAAACCUCUGUGUUAGGUCAUGGUCCUAGGCUGAACCUGUCUUAACUUUGUCUUUCGUAUAGCACCUAACUUGAAAUAGAUGCUUGACUACUCCUGCUGUUCUAGUAAAAGCUUCCUUUUCCUGGUUGCUUGGAGGUACUUCUUACACUUGGGUAACCAGGCAAGUAGCUAUUUACAAGCCUGCUGUAAGAAUAGCUUCAGUUAUUUUGUGAUGCAUCCUUUUAUGAUAAAUCUUUCACAUUGUAGCCACUACUGCGUUUUGAAACCAUAAACAAUAGCAAGAAUAACUUGGACUUCGUUGUGUUCCAUAUUUUAUAAAUGAGGUAGCAUUUAAUUUCAAGUUAAAGCUUCAGAAAGUAUUACUACUGAAGCUUUUAAUUUUGGGCCUAAUGGGAAACAACUUUGCAAAUAUUGCUUUGCCAGGGCAGGGGCAGGAGUUUCAUUAUACUCUGAAGUCUACACAUUUUGGUAUGUGUAGCCCUCUCUGUCAUGCAUAGCAAGUGCACUGCAAACCAUCUAUUGCUGGCAACACAAGUGCAGUGCCUAGUCCUUUGUGUGUGUACUAACAAGAAUCCAGAGACACUUAUUCCCAUCUAAGUUAACUGGAGCUUAGCCUUGAAGUAGCACUUUACCAAAAAGCUACCACUUUUAACAUGUUGCAUAAAUGGAAGCAAGAAAACUCAAACUAAAGAUGCUGCCUUAUGUCUAAUACAUAAAUAUGCAUUGAGUAUUUUUAUCUGGAGGCUAGCUGAAGCAUCUGAGCCACAAAGGGUGAUGUGAUGAAUGACAGCUGCUGCCUUUUCAAGCCUUCUCACGAAACAAUUUUCCCCUACCAGGCUCAGUGUUUACGUAUGGCCACAAACCAACCCCUGAUGCCUUAUCUACCCAGAGGGUACUUCCAUGUACAGUCAUCCAUUUGGAAAUGUAGGAAUGUCAGGCAGUUUCUUGUGAAUAGUAUAGCCUGCAGUGUUGGUGGCAACAUCUGUGUGCACUCCUCUUUCAUGUACAAAUGGCUGGCCUGUAGUCUCUGAUUGGAGGGAAUGUAUCUUAGCUAGAUACUGUUAUUAGGAAAAAGUUGAAGCGGCCAAUAACUUAAUUCAGGAUCAAUAGCUUGUACUUUUGCCUAAAGUUACUUUUCUCCCCUAAAUGAAAAGGUAUUUGUAAACAGUAUCUACUAUAAUUGAUCUUGACUGAGGGUUCAGUAAUGGGGAUUUUGGUUCACAACCUCAGCAGUAAGCAUUUGAUAUGUAGCUCAAGAUACGGUAGCUUCCUUGGUCCCAAAGGUUGACAAAAAAGCAAAAAUGCCAUAAUUGGUGGGCACUCUGAACAUGCCCUGAAUUCCCUUCUUCUCAUGGCCAAGAGUUUAUUUAAAUCAACUGAACCAUUAGAAGGUUUGGAAAGUAUUACUAUGGAAGCUUUCAAUUUCAGGCCUAACUUGAAGCAACUUUGCAUUGAUUACUUAGAGCUCUUGCAGGGAGGCCCGGGAUAUUGAUAAGAUACUCUGUUCUAGUGCUGCUUUUUGCUUCAUAAUCUUCUGACCUGAUCAGUGGGGAAUUCUUAGUUGAAUGCUGCUGUUACAUUUUUAUAUAUUAUUAGAUAUUCCUCCCCCCCCCCCCCCCGCCCAUAUCAGGAUUUGUGUGGAGGAGGUUGUAAACAGCCUUUGCUGGCUUAGAAAACGUAAUACUGAAUGCUGGAAUUAGCUCUCUUCUGCAGUCAUACAAGCAGGAUAUGAAAGGAACCUAAAUUACCGUAUUUUUUGCACCAUAACACUCACUUUUUUCCUCCUAAAAAGUAAGGGGAAAUGUCUGUGCGUGUUAUGGAGGGAAUGCCUACGGGUGGCAUGCCUACGGAUUUUCCUCCUCUAAAAACUACGUGCGUGUUAUGGUCGAGUGCGUGUUAUAGAGCGAAAAAUACGGUAAUUUGAGGAUGAAAGUGUCGGUGAUAGGAAGCCAUUAGGACUGCAGUGAGUUUUAUGCAUUUCUCUAGGCAAUAGCUUGAACACAAAAGGGUUAAAACUGUGUAGGAGGAGGGGAGUUCACUCAAGCUGUGCCCCAGGGUCCGUUCAGGGGUGGUUCUCAGACCUUUGCAUGUGGUGUGCAAAGGUCUAAAGGGGGUUUCUAUAUUCUUUGGGCUUGGAAGGCUCCGUGUGCAGUUGAAAACCCUGCCUUAUUAUCAGGGCUCUAAUUGCACAGAGUUUUCUUACUGCAAUCAACAGAACACACUUAGCCACUUUCAGAUCUUUGCGCUAAAUAUGUGAAGGUCUGAAGGGAAUUGAACCAUGGGAGUGGAAGGAGAUAAUGACCAAGCAGGAUUUAAUUCCUCAUGCAUUAGAAUUCAAUCCUGCUUUCUGCAGGGAUCAGCCAUGGCUUUCCAGGCAGAGCUCUGCCUGCCCCACACCUGAUGUCACUACGGUGUUCGGUGAGGGGCAAGGGUGUGUGUUUUGGUCACAGGCUAAAUGGGGAGGCCAGGCAGGACCAAAUCUGUGCCAUGGGCUGAAUGUUUCCCCACCCCUGCUUUAAAUCCAAAGUGGGCUGUUGUUGUUUUGUUUAUUAUAUUUGAAUACAUUUUUGAUAAGUCUGUGCCUACAACUAUCUUAGCAGACAAACUUGAAAUUGGAAAUGAGAAAUUAAAUAGAGAAAGGAAGGAAUAAAAUAAGAAAACACGCACCAUUAAAAAGGGUAAGAAUACACAACCCAGUAAGCUUGCCACUUGAUAAAUGAAAAAUUGUUUUUUUAAAAAUCUGAUGAAGAUGUCAAAAGGAGUUCAUAGCUUAUCUGAAAGUCCCAAAUGUCUUCUGCUGAUUUUGAAUGCCUGCAUCGCUGAAUGUAUUUACUUGUACUUUUACAUAAUAUUUAUUGUCUAAGGUUACAGGAACUAACUCAGUAAAACACAGUAUGUGUGUUGGGAAACAUGAGCCAUGAAAAUUUACAAAUACCACUCUUGUAAAUGUUAAAGCAACUCUGUAGGGUAGGCAAGUAUUAUCUACAUACUUUUAAUUCAAACUUUUCCAGCUUAGGGGUCUCCAAAUGUUUUGGACGGCAACUUCCAUUAACUCUUGCCAUAACUGCUGUGCUAGCUGGGGCUGAUGGGAAUUGUAGUCCAACACAUUUGGAGGACAUCAGGUUGGGGAAGGCUGUGUUAACUGACAGAGUAAACCCACACCAAAUUAGCAACUGUCCACUGUAAAAAAGGAAAAAAGCUUGGGGUUUAUUCUAAGUUCUUCCUGCCCCGUCAUAGAAGGAAGUAGCACACCAUUCACUCUCCUUUCAUAAGCAAAAGAAAGUGUAAAGGAAAGUAGGAGUGGGAAAUUAGAAUGAAUUAGGAAAGAUACUGGAAUGAGAAAUAAUAAAGAAGAAAAGAAAGAUAUGGGAAGGUUAGGAAAAUGAGAGAGAGAGAUGGAAAAAGAUACAGGCUGAGCAAGAAAAAAGGAGAUGCAUUAAAAAUGGGGAGGUGUGGGGAUGCUUCCCCACUCUUUUUAUUUGGGAUUGAGAUAAUCUUCCUUCCCUAACCUAUAGCUGAAUACUGAGACUUUCUUCCCCUCAGGAAGCGCCACAAUAGCUGAGUCCCACCCCAACCUCCCAGUUAUAAUUAUUUAGACCUUCUAUUUAUAUUUACUGUUAAUGGUAUAUUAGAGAUCAACCAAGGCUCUUCACAAAAUGGCUGCUCGAAAACUGCACAGUUGUUCAUUAUAAUAAGGGGUUCAUUUAUUAAUGUACAAAACAAGGUUUUGAGGACAUAGGUAAUCUGUGUAUAUUGGUCUGGAGGCCUUGAGCCUCUUGGCCUAACCAGCCUGUAAACCCUUGAGGUCUGUGGGGCUUAACUGAGGCCUUGUCUUAGGCUGGGAGUGUCUCUGAGUUGGUUGAAAGGAGAGAUCUGACAGAACAGAACUUGCAGGGGAUAUUGGGGGGGGGGGCGGCAAGUUGUCUUAGAAUUAAUGGACUCUGCAGUUCCCUGAAUUCCCCUCUUCUAAUGGUUCAGUUGAUUAAUUGUGCAUUUAUCGCAGGUGUUUGCAAAAUUAUUGUCCAUUUUAUAUGACUAUACUUUUGAAAUGGAGAGAAAUGAGUAGGAUGAAAAAGAGGUGCAGAACUUUUGGCACGUAUGGGGAAUGAACCUGUGGCCUUUAGUGUUAUUAGCACCACUAGCCCAGAGAUGGGGGACCUGUGGCAUUCCAGAUGUAGCUGGACUGCAACUUCCACCAUCUCUCACUGCUGGGCAUGUUGGCUGGGGCUGCUGGGAGUCAGAGUCUGGAGAGCCACAAGAGUCUGAGUCCUCAUCCCUGUUCUAACCAGGCCUGUCUUCCCCCCACCCUCCUCCCAGCGACCCUCGUAAACACACAGCUUCUGUUGCUGGAACUGUUGACAGGUAUCACAGGUUUUGACUGAGCAUUUGCCAUGACAUAUCUUGGCACCACUCACAGGUUAAAAUAAGCAGCAAAACUGAUUAAACCUAAAACUCUAGAUGUAUGGUGCGUUACUGCUAGGGCACAGUAGAUAAUAUACUUGUCCCUUGACUUAAUAAUAAUAAAAGAUUUCCCAAAAGAUGCAGUACAAAUGGAGAAAUCAUGUCCAACAACAGCGAACAUUAGGAGGGGAAGAACUGGCAACACCUACUUACUGUAAAUUACUUGUCAACCUUGAGACUCCUACAAAUUGGUAUGGACCAUCCUCAAAUCUACCUUUCCUACACUAAGUUUCUUGUAUAUCUAUUAAGCUAUUCUCUAAGCUGCAGCACGUACUCCCCCAUCCCUGGAUAUCAGGUUAUAAUGGAGAAAUGCUGUACGUGUGUCUUACCCUUAACAUAGGGCUUCAACUAUGGCCCUAUUCAAGCCUCAAUCAUAUCCUCUUUAGCUGUGCCCCUUCCUACUCCUUUCUCACAAAUUUCAGCGUUCUCUGACCAUUUUAGGUGCUCUUUUCUGUUCUUUUUCCAGCUCUGCAGUAUCUUUCUUGAGAUGGAAUCGCCAGAACUGUAUUCUGCAUUCCAAACAAGGCUGCUCCAUAGAUUUGUAUAAAGGCGUUAGAGUACCAAGAAGAGCAUUUUCAAUCUUUCCUUAAUAAUCUCCCUAGCAUGGAUUUUGUUUUUCACAUAGGAUGCUGUAUUGAUUUCAUUAUACUCUCCACCAUGAUCCCAAUAGUGAGUUGCACAAUAUAUCCUAGCUGUUGCUCUGCUUCGGUACAACUACCUCAUCGACGUAUGUGAGAGGUUGGAGCUUAUUUUGUACCACUUUGUAUCUGUAUCGCUCACACUCACUUACACUGAAGCUCAUUUACAUUUCAUUUGUGAUUUUUGUUGCCUGUCCACCCAGUUUAGAGAGCAGCUAAACAGAACACAUCUAGAAAUAUAUGUACAGUGGUACCUCAGUUUUUGAACACCUCCGUAGUCAAAUAUUUCGGAACCGAAAACCUAGAAGUAAGUGCCUCGGUUUUCGAACGCACCUUGGAAGUCGAACAGGAAACACAGCUUCCGUUUUGAGUUUUCCAUAUUGAGGCUUGUGUUUUGAGGCUUCCGCUUUCGGUUUUCGAAUGUUUCAGAACUCGAACGGACUUCCAGAAUGGAUGAUGUUCGAAAAGUGAGGUAUCACUGUAGGUGCAAAAGAAAUUACAGGGACAUCUGGCAAAUUUACAAUAAGAGAGCACAUGUUUUUGAUAGUGCUUGGUCCACUGCAGCCUUGCAAACCCAUUCUCCUUCACAUUCAUUGGGCUUUGGGGCAUGAGAUCUAAAUAGAAAGUGAAUAGAUGACAUGAUAGGGAAAUAAAUUAUGUGACAAAGCCUGGAAACAGGAUUAUUUUGAUUUCUCUGGUAGAUCAGACAUUGGUCUGAUAAAGACCCAGGCAGAACAAUCACAAACUGCAAUUAAUGCUUGGGCCACAGAUAAUGUUGCCACAAUGUCAGGCGAACAUUUGCUGUGUCCAAUACUUGCUCAGCCCACGAUUGGUGGUGGGGGAGAGCAGGAGAACAGGACGAAGAGGCAUCUAAAAACACUGCCAAAAAGGGCAGCUCCAUUAUCUUUGGCAACACAGCUGCUGCCUACAAAUCUUGGGAUAGGAUUGAGUCAACACCACAUCACUGCCCAGAAGUGGAGUGAGCCAGAAUACAUUGCAACACAUACAGCUGUGGCAUAGCAGCCCAUCAUUCAUUUGAUCCCCAGUGGCACAAGUGGCAAGACAUGGCUCCUUAAGAGAGAUAUCUGGCUGCCCUUCAGGAAAGUGACACCAAAUACCAUAAUCAUUCCAUCUUCAGGACCCAGUUGGCUUCCUCAUGGCACCCUGCCAGUUUUUGUGGCGGGAUUUUAUGGUGUUAUCUGGCAUUCUGUGAGGGCAGGAGGACUUCUACCAAAUUCUGAGGCCCCUCGGGUGGCCUAGCUCCACUUUAGGAUUGCACCAUUAAUGCAGCCUGUUGAAAAAAGUGUCUUUGGCUGCAGUCCUAACCCCAUUUACCUGAGAACAAGCCCCACUGAAUUCAGUAAGACUUACUUCAAGUAGACAUGGUUAGUCAUGAGACUAAUAUCAUGGGGGAACAUAGUGAGUUGACUUCUGAGUCCUUCUGAUGUCAGUGUUGCACUUUUUCGUGACAUAAUUAGAAAUAUCAUUAAAAAAUACCAGCCAGGAUUUUCAAGCAGAUUAGUAAGAAUACGAAGAAUUGAAUGAGUAAAUUUAUUUGGGAAUUACCUUUAAAGAAUUUUAAAUUCAGCAGAAAAAGCAAUUUAAUGAAGGCCUGUAAGCUCUGUACUGCAGCAGAGUUAACUAAAGGAAGGUAGUGUGACCUUUUUUCAUUUCAAAAAAUAUUUGGAGGCUUUUUCUCAGCAGAGACUUAACCUUACAUCUGAAUUAUUUGUGAGCUUAGAAGUAAAGUGUUGCCUACUAUUGAUAGAGAUGUCUGUUGUGUUUUAGCAGCCUAAAAGAGAUCACAGAAUACAAAAUAGCCAAAUUGAUAAAACAUUAACCUAGUUCACAGAUAACAGUACAGUGGUACAUCUGGUUACAUACCCUUCAAGUUACAGACUCCACUAACCCAGAAAUAGUACCUCGGGUUAAGAACUUUGCUUCAGGAUGAGAACAGAAAUCGCGGCGCAGCGGCAGCAGGAGGCCCCAUUAGCUAAAGUGGUGCUUCAGGUUAAGAACAGUUUCAGGUUAAGAACGGACCUCCGGAACGAAUUAAGUAUGUAACCAGAGGUACCAUUGUACUCCUACAUCUUUUAAAAGUUCAUCUCUUGAACUACCACCUUAAGUUAAAAAUUCAGUCGUCGUCAUCUCGUAGACCCAGAAAUUAAUAAUCUCUGUACUCUUCCUGAAGUGCCCGGUUUUGAAUACGAUGGCCUGUUAGAGCCUUAGCCACCUCCAACCAAAUGCCUCUGAACAGUGUAGAACUAGACCUAUAAAGGUCGUUCUUUAUAUUGACAUCAGUCUAUAUAAGCAAAAAAGGACUGUUGCUCUGAAAAAUGUGAUUUCCCCCCUUCCUUUCAGGUGAUACUUUGACCUUCCUGAAACUGUUUCUGAAUACUUUUUUAAUGGACAUCCCCGCUACUCUCAAACUGCCUGAGAUGGCAAGUCCGGCGAUCAGCCCAGACUCUUCUUCCCAUGAAGGACUCUCCUCCGUCAACUCCAUGCCUGCAUGCUCCCCCACGUCCGAUUCCGAGAAUCUGAGCCCAGAUGAGUUGGAGCUAUUGGCAAAGCUUGAAGAACAAAACAGGUAAGUUGAGUGAUGUGAGCUGAACUUGGUUAUAGUAUGCAUACACACUGGGUAGUUUAAAAAAGUUAUCAAUGUGAGUAUUAAAGCUGAGAAACCAAUCCUUCUAGUUGGGAGUGCUGUACAUAAAUACAUAUUUUUAAAUGCUUUCUUGAGUAUAAAGGCCAUAUAGUGUAUAGCUCAAUGCUUCUUGGACCUUGAUAAAUGCAGUUGUCACCUUUUUCUGUUCAUUCGUUCAAUCGUUGCUAUUACUGAAUGAAUAACGUGAGCCAUACUGUACGGGCAAGUUAGUCUGUACAUUCUCAAGUGUUGCAUAUGCCAUCAUUCCCUGCCAGCAUUUCCUUUUUUCCCUUUGACAGGUUACUUUAGCCUAGGGAUCAGCCUAGUUCUGAUCACAUGGAACCCCCAUCAGUCCCCACCUGUCCCGUUCCUGCAUACAUGUUUUUUAAAAGGAAAUCUGCGCAAAACUUACUUUCUUUCUCCAACCUACAUUUUAGUGGUCCAAGCAGCAUGCCUUUUGCAUUGUUCAACCAUGUUUUAUUGUCACACAGUGUCUCUGGAAGCAACUGACACACACACACACAUCUCAUCAAUCCUGGGGCCAUUGGUAGCCAUGUUUUCAACUCGCAUGGCAACAGGCAUGAUUAUUUGCUGCUGCAAUAUAUAAAUACAUCCCACUCGGACCACCUUAUAGGGCUUUAUUGGGUGGUCCAGAUUCAGAGGCAGAACUCCUCUGACCCAUGACUUUGUUUGCAAGGCGUAGAUCAGAUGUGCUUGCCUCAUAAUUCCUUCCUUGUCAGAUCACUGACAUUCCUUCAGCAUCCCUAAAUGAACCAUAUAUACAAAUGAACCAUUCAUUUGUAAGCACAUGAACUGGAUAUUAAAAAUAAGAUGCUGCAUAGAUCAUUAGGGCAGCAUUUAAGUCUUCUUAGGCUUUCUACCUUGUUGGACUUUAGAACCUCUAAAAAUCAGAGGCCAGGUGGAAUAACUUGCUGGGACCCUAGAAUUAGCAGACUUUCCACUGUUUCUCCAUUUGAAUAAGGACUGAGUGCAGUAUUCCUCUUUCCAGCAAAGCACAUGUUCUCCCAUGUAGCAAUCAGUGACCUGAGUGCAUGUUGGAUUUCAUUGUUCAGGUGUCAUUGUCUAGGUGAGGCUCCAUUCCUUUUAGAGACAGAAGUUUUACCAAAGUAUCCAAGCAGUGUGUGCUAGACUGAGUAGACAGGCAGUGAGAGCUCUGUUUUGGCAUUGCCUUUCUGUUUUUUGAUUUGCCUGGAUUUGACAGCUGCUCAUAUCAUAUAAACAACUGUAGAUUUGCUACUUUCAGUAGCUCUAUGGUAGCUUCCUUUUACUGAAUGCCCUGCUUGAUUUCUAAAUGGCCAUGUGGUGGCAUCCGAACAUCAAAUGAUCGUGACAGCCAAAGAACCUGUAAUGGAAAGUGACAAAUCUUGAAUUGAACAGGCAAAGAUUUCUUGGUAACUUGUGUCUGGCUGUUUCUUUGAAAUACUUAUCUCUUUGACCUAAUGUAUAACAGCUCUUUUCCUAAUCUAAAGGCUGUUUUGUUUACCAGACUGUUUUAUCAUGGCUGCUUCACUUGGGAUUGAGAAUUAGUAAAGUAGAAAACUGAGAACACCUUGCUGAUGAGUAAGCAUAAGUCCUUUAUAGCUGCCUGAGGAAUCAAAUUCUGCUGAGCUGUGUAUAAUGAACAAGGUUUUCUUAAUAUUUAUAGGAAUUAUAUUGCCCUUCGUGUUUCUAAAUCUGUUUUAAAAAUGGUGAUGUGAUUUUGGCUAAAGGCUUCAGGAGCUUACCAAGUUGAUGGGUAGAAUAAUCUAGUAGGGGAUUUCAUUGAAAAUGAUUUGUGAAAGUAACAGAAUUCAAUUUGUCUUAAUUCUCUGGUCUUGCAUUUGAAUAUAAAUCAUACCUUUAUUUAAAAUAGAAAUUGGGUGAAGCCGAGAUGUACCAUAGACAUGGAGAGGUUUUCUUAUCAUUCUUGACUCUUACUGCCUGAGAUCUUAAUCGUUAAAUUGGGCUCUGUUGAGAAAUAUGCUUUGUUCUCCCACCACCCGCUCUUACCGGUGUGGCGUGGCGUGGGGAAUGACUUCCAGGUUGAUGACGCCUGUGCACAUGCGCACGGGUGCUCCUCUGACCUGGAUGUGCGCCGGAAAUAGCGUGUGCGCACGCGUGCGGGACGGAGAAGCGACCCAGAAGAGCACGCGUGCACACACGCUGUAGCCCAUCCUCCGACAGAUGGAACGUGGGCCGGCCCAUCGUUUGGUAAGCUUGCAUCGUUUGGUAAGCUUGUUACAGACUCCAUCAGCAAACAAACUUUUCUGUGAUUCAUGUGAUAUGUUUGUAGCUGUUUUACCUCUGGAGAUGCUUUGUAUGCUGCUAGAAGGGCUGGCAUGUCAAAAAGCUUGUGUGCAAAAGCAUUUAAACUUAGUUCAACUGGAAGCUCUGUGCAUACCAAGUGUAAUUGAGGAGUCCUACUUUCGUGGUAGCUUAGUUAGAUGUUGAUGCACUUGCAUAGCUCUGAAGGUGUAACCUGAUUGUGGGGCUGGUAGGGAUGCUACUAACAGGCUGUCAUUUUCCCAGGCUGCUGGAAGCAGAUUCCAAAUCCUUGCGCUCCAUGAAUGGCUCGCGAAGGAAUAGUGGGUCCUCUUUGGUCUCGAGCUCUUCUGCCUCAUCCAACUUGAGCCAUCUUGAGGAGGAUACCUGGAUCUUGUGGGGGAGGAUUGUAAAUGAAUGGGAAGAAUGGCGGAAAAAGAAGGAAAAACUGCUCAAGGUGAGGGAGUCUGCUCUGGUGAUGGGCAGUACCCAUGACCACGCAUGAAUACUACUCCUCCUCUCACAAGAAGUAUUGUAAAAACAAGAAGUGAUAUGGUUGGCUUGUGACAAUUGCUUUUAAUGUUCAUACUGUGUUGUCUCAUUUGUAAGUAAUGCAGCUAAUGAAUACUUUUAAUUAUAAUAACACAAGUGUGAUUGCAUAAACUCUGUAAUCCUUUUCACAGUUGUACACACUUACAUCACCAUUGUGGGCUAAUAUGUAAGUAAUGAUGUGCCUGUGGUUGUUUGAGGGGAGCAGAAUUUAUCAGAGACAAGAUAUUGGAGGGAAGGAAAGUUUUAUUUAUACAGUGCCACUGAUGUACAUGGUAAUUUGCAAAGAAUGCAUAAAAAAUUAUGGUGCAAUCAGUUAAUAGUUACAAACAGAGAACUAGAUAGUGAACAGAAAUUCUCUGCCAAUAGAAUUUUGGUUACAUUUUUGAAAACUUAAUUUUUUUAUUCAUGUACUCCCUUCUCUCCUACCAAGCUGACUUUUUCCAAUAUGCUGUGAUCAUGAGGUAAUUGCUUUGCGUCCGGCAUCCUCCUUAGUUUACACCAAAGGUUUAAAAUAUGCAGCCUCCUUAUGGUAUAUUGAGCAGAACUACUUCACAAAUGUCACUUGGGGUUUCUGAUACUUUGUUUCUCUCUCCCCCCCCCCCCCCACUUUAGGAGCUCAUAAGGAAAGGAAUUCCCCACCACUUCCGAGCCAUUGUUUGGCAACUUCUGUGCAGUGCCACUGACAUGCCAGUGAAGAAUCAGUAUUCAGAGUUGUUAAAGAUGUCUUCUCCUUGUGAAAAGCUGAUCAGGAGGGAUAUUGCCCGGACAUACCCAGAGCACGAGUUUUUUAAGGGACAGGACAGUCUGGGCCAAGAGGUUCUCUUCAAUGUUAUGAAGGCAAGUAGGAAUCUCCCUAAUGAAAUUGCUUUAGAAAUCAACACUCACUGCUUGAUGCUCCAAAAGUCUGAUCCUUUGUUAUUCAGGCAUUUCAUGAAUUGAACUUUACAAAGUGGCUUAACCUGCACAUCAAAGGAAGACUUCUAGCUGCCUAGAGUUUGGGUAUUAGCAUUCAUAAUUCAUAAGACAAAAUGUGUGGUAUCUAUGCACUACUUUCAUCUGCUCUGUAAAAUCUUGGUACGAUAAUACAUGCUAAUUUCUCUGCCCCUUAAAUUACAUGGGCCUUGUCACAUGGAUCCCUGAAUCCCUGGAUACAGCUUUAUAUUAGGCUACUUGAAUUAUUCUUCUUUUUAUAUCUAGAAAUUCUCCUGAGACAGCCUUGAUAAGAACUGAUGCUCCUUCAGCUCUCAGUAUCAUGAAAUAUACCAGCCAUGGAUAGUUUCUAAAGGAGUUGCUUGACUUCCACAGUGGGGAAUGGGGUGUUUAUUGCUUUGCAGACCUUUCUAAUGUCAUUUUUUGUAGCAAAUAAUUUUAUGGCUUGUGGCUGACAUCAAUCUGCUGAACAGCCGUAGGUUCUGCCUAGCAGAAAACACACUGUGAUAUCCAAUUGUUUGUGUCCAGACUUUGGGAAAUUAAAACUUAAAUACAGUUUUAAAAUUUCAGCUACAUAAUAAAGCCAUAAAUAAAAGUGUGGUGGUAAAGAGAACCAACCUCUAGCAGGAUAUGCAUUGUGGGAAGCAGGAAUUAAGAAAGCCAGUUGACAAAGCCACACACACCACAGAUCUUAGAACCCAGACCUUUGCAAAUUACAGAAAACUUAGGAAGAGCUGUCACUGUGCCAGACAUGGGAGAGAAGUCCCUUGCCCUCCACUGAGUCCUCUACACAUGCAGAGAACUUGAGGAUGUCUGUCUUGCUUCAUGCCAUACAUUGGAGAAGGAAAUAGGCAGUCCCUCUUUUUCUCCUGUUCCCAUUUUUUGAUGUGUGGUGUGAAGUGACUCAUCUGUUACUUUAGAAGUGACUCAUCUAUUGGUACGGGAGUCACUGAUGACCACACAUAAUUGACUGCCAGAGGCAAAAUUUUGUUGACUUCUCAGGGGGAAUAUAAGAUGUAGCUAUUCCUGAGAUGGAGGUGUCUCUGCAUGUUGCUCUUUGAGGUAACUACACUGUGCCAUUGGGAUAGCUUAGCUAUGCGUUCCUCCUUCCCAGUUGGCUUUGUAGUUGACACAAGGAUUGCAGCUGAACUACAGUCUGGAAAGACAAAUGCUUAACCUGCUGUAUAAAGAGGAAGAGUUGGACAGAUGCUGAAGCUAAGCCAAUUGAAUAAAUUCCCAACUUCCCAGAAAGAAAUGCGGAGGAUACAUCCUGAGUACCUUAGAAGGGAAAUUCCCAGCCAGGAGCUUCAGCUAAUCUUUAAAAAAAUAAGUGUUCUGUGUGUUGUGGGGAACAAAGCACUGUUCUUAAGUACUUAAAGGUAUACAUCUCUUCAUUUAGUUCCUUUUUUCAAAACAACAACAAUUACUUGAAUUUUAAUUGUAUUAAGGUCCUCAUUUUAAUCUUCAUUUGUAGCAUGAUUGCAGAAACAUUUGUAGAAAUAUUUUCUGUCAUUCUCCUUGUGUGUAUUAAGCAGUGACUUGAAUGACAUGGUCUGGAUCCUUCCCAGUUCCCCUCCCUUUCCCACUGCUGAUACUUGAAACUUCCCAGCAUUAAGAAAAUUCUGUGUGCGGUUGAACAAGUUGUGUCAAAACUCUGCCUUGUAGUUGUGUAUUUUAGUUGUGCUUCAAAUCCUUUGGGCAUUUGGUGGUUGUAUUUUGUGCUAAUCUGGACCAGCUGUUGCUUAAGGUUUGCUUUUCUUUCAGGCUUACUCUCUAGUAGACCGUGAGGUUGGGUACUGCCAAGGCAGUGCAUUCAUCGUUGGACUGCUCCUGAUGCAGGUUUGUGCAACAUGGGAGUAGAUAUCUGGCCUGAACCUAAGUGUUCAUCUUUAUUUGGGAGCUUAUGGAACAGUUCAGUACCUUGCGAAAUAUUAAAACAGGUUAUAAAUCUAGUUGCUUGCCCCUUAGCAUUGGUCAGUGCCAAACACAAUUUUUAACUGGGUUUGACUAUAUUAUUAAAGUAGCUCCUUUAGUAGAAGGAAACAUUAUCUUAUAUGACCCUCCUUUAUUAAAGCUUUUGAUAUUUCCAAAUGGUUUCAGCUAGACAGCCUUUCCCUACCUUGGAUCCCCACAUUUUGUUGAGCUACAGCUCCUAUCAUCCAUGGCCAUUGGCCAUGCUGUCUGUGGAAGAUGGGGCUUGUAAUCCAACAGCAUCUGGGAGCCAGGGUUGGGAAAGGCUGAGCUAGAAGCAGGCCUAAAAAAUCUUCAGGCACCUAUAUUAAUGCUAGUGCCUAGGAAUUUUGAAAUCCAUUGUAGGGUAAGUCCUACAAAUGUGGUUUUUUUCUGGCCCAGGCUGGAGGAAUGUAAUCUAGAAUAAACACAAUGAAUGAAUAUAUUUUCCAGUUACAUUCACUGUUGGGCCUGUGUUUGGAAUAGGAGCUGGGCUUUCAAGGCAUCUUUUUGAUAUCCCGCCGUCACUCCUUUGUACUAAUGUCGUCAAUACAAGAGUGGAAGCCUAUUCAUCAACUUUAGUAAUGAAAAACCAUAUGGAAUUUCAAGUGCUUCAAAACAAAACAAGUUGCCAUUACUUUAAACAGUGAUGGGUAGAGUGUUAUGCAUAUGUCAGUAUAAAAUGGGGAUAUCUGAUUUAGAAGAAGCAUCACUGAAAAAUCCAUUUUUGAGAACACAUCAUUUUACUGCUGCAAAUGAAAACUAAUACUAGUUUAGGCACUAAAAGUAUCUAUUAUAACACAACAAGAACACCAGUAUCCUGCUGAGAAGCCCUAAUGCAGUGUACCAAAGAAGAACAAUUCUACAGUGUGUUCCCAUAUCAAGUUAAUUGAAGUUAUUCAUACUGAAUGCACUUAAGAUUUGUGUUACUUGCACAAAAAUUGACUCUGUGAAUACAGUAGAUAGAAUGUUUUUCUUCAAUACUUUUGUGGCAACGUGGCGGUUACCUGUUGAACAUACGAAGUUGCCCUAAACAGAUAAUGGAUCCAUCUAAUGCAGUUUUGUCUACGUUGAUUUGCAAGAGCAUUCCAAAGGCCAGCAUCUUGCCCACUUCUGCUCCCUAGGCCCCAUUUAACUGGAGGUGCAAGGGAUUGAAACUGACAUCUUGUGCAAGCAAAGUAUAUGUUCUGCUAUUGGUAUCACCUCUCCCUGUUGCAUUCUUUAUUUUUAAAAGGGGGUGGGGUCUGUGGUGAUACCAGUCUUCUGUGAUACCACUCUUUUGGUACAGAAUCACUUUGAAGAAGCUUAUGCAAGCAUCUUGUCUCAUUUCUAGAUGCCUGAAGAAGAGGCGUUCUGUGUGUUUGUACGUCUGAUGCAAGAGUACAGAUUACGGGAGCUGUUUAAACCCACUAUGGCUGAGCUAGGGCUCUGCAUCUACCAGUUUGAGUACAUGCUGCAGGUAAAAAAGACUGCGUUUGUCGUGCAUAAAGAAGCUUCUAAGGGUACAAGUUGUUAGACUGUGCAUUACUUCCCUCCUGCCUCCUAAAAAUCCUGUAGCAGUCUCAAGUACAUCAGCAUUAUUAUUUUAGGGCAAUAAAGUUAAGGAUACUAAUUACUAUACGUGAGGCCCUGCCUUUGAGAAUCCAGUGUCCUGACUCUGGGAAUCCAACUGUGAUGCUCAAGACUUGCUGUUAUUCCUCUUGAUUAAGAGCUGUGUUCUGUGUCUCUUCAGGAGCAGCUGCCUGAACUGAAUAUCCACUUCCGUUCUCAAAGCUUCCUUACCUCUAUGUAUGCAUCAUCCUGGUUUCUUACCCUCUUCCUUACCACCUUUCCUCUGCCUGUGGCCACUCGAGUGUUUGACAUCUUCAUGUACGAGGUAAAGCAUUUGAUAUAAAAAUGUGAAGGGGGUGGGGAAAGACACAGGGCUACAGGAAGAGCAGCAGUGAGCAUGACCUGUUUAAUGUGACAUAUCACAACAAGUCUUUAUAUAUCAAGGAAGAAUUAAUGGCUGAUUUUUAAAAUAACAUUGCUCUAGGCUGCUGUGUGCUAUGAAAUGUGGAUUGUGUAAAGACACAGUGUAAGAUUCUAAAUAUUUUAGAAAAAAACCUGGAUCAAAGAGUGGUAUUCAACUAAAUCCCUGCCAGACUGCAAUAGCUUAGAAUCAUAGAAUCAUAGAGUUGGAAGAGACCACAAGGGCCAUCGAGUCCAACCCCCUGCCAAGCAGGAAACUGCUUGCGCAAUGGGUGUGUGCGCCCUGUGCUGUCCCUAAAUCUAUCGGGGGGGGGGACGCUCAGAAUAAACUUAGGGAGCACAUGUGGGGAAGCAGUUGGGGCGGGUCCUGUUGUGAAAAUGGGAGCCAUUCCAUCCAUACAAGGAUUUAUUGUACUGGCCUGAAUAUAAGGCCCACUUUUUUUCCAAAUUCCAACCAUGGAAAGUUAAAGUGCGGCUUAAAUUCGCGACCUUACAAAAAUUGGCUUUUACGAUAUUGCUGCUGAAACAGACAUAUGGUAAAACGGAACGGGUGUGAGUGCCUGCGGAAUUUUAAGGGAGCGGCUUAUAUUUGGGUAUUGUAUUUUUUUCUUUUUUCCCUUUGAAUUUUAAAGGUGUGGUUUAUAUUCAGUUGUGGCUUAUAUUCGGACCAAUGCAAUACUUAGUGCUAUGUUGAAUGCAACCAGAAAUAAACAUGUUACUUUCAGCAUUCUCAUCUGCUGUCAGAAACUGACCUGUGCCCAGCAAGUCCACAAAACUACAAGGAAGUUGUUGUCGUCUUGUGAACUGCCCUGAGACCUCCGGGUAUAGGAUGAUGUAUAAGUUGAAUUAAUAAUAAUGAUGAUGAUGAUGAUGAUGAUCAUGUACACUGUGUCCAUCUCUCCUACGCCACUAGCCCAGGUCUGUGUAAGGAAUGAUAUUCUGUUUAAAAGUGACACCGCUUCCAUAAAAAAGGUGUUGUAGCCAAACACCAGCUCUUCAAAAUAUUGCAGAUUACAGAACAUCCCUUUAAACAAAGUGUCUUCAAAUGCUGUAAAAAGAGCCCUGCAGGAUCAGACCAAAGGCCUUAUCUGCUCCAUCCUGUUUCCUGCAAUGGCCAAUCAGAUACCUAAUGGAAAGUUCACAACAGGGAGGAAAUGGGAAACAAACCCUCCCCCUCUGCUGUUCCCUAGCAACAGGUAUACAGAGGCCUACUGCCUGUGAUUCUUGAGGUAGUAUAUAGCCAAAAUUAUUAGCAGCCGUUAAUAGCCUUAUCCUCCAUAAAUUUGUCUAAUCCCCCUUUAAAGACAUCAAAGUAUUAUCUCAGCUCCAUUUGUCACAGAAUUCUGUAAUUGUGUUCAUUUAUACUUGUGCAAAUGUGCUAGCAUCCAUAUGCCCGCUGCUGCUUAAGCAAGUUGUUAAGUCGUGUUCAAUUCAGAGCUCUCUCGGCCUAACUUGGCAAUGGAUGAGCCAACACAUUCCCUGGAUGAUGUGCUCAAGCGGAUUGAUGAUUUUAUUGGGGGUUUCAAACUAGAUAUAUUUCUUUUCUGUUGGAGAUCUUCUAAUCUCAUUUGCAUUUCCACUUCAUAGGAAAUGUGGCUUAUUCCUCAAUUGCUCCAUAGGCUUACUCCAAACCAUGGGAAACUCCAUUUUGGGGUGGAGCCCAUCUAACUUCUGCUGACUUCUUACAGGGACUGGAAAUAGUCUUCCGUGUGGGGAUGGCUCUUCUGCAAUUCAACCAGGCUGAACUGAUGCAACUGGACAUGGAGGGGAUGUCACAGGUCAGCUCUACGGUGAACUGUAGGACUAGAGGUAGACUUGCUAGUUUCUGUCUCUCAUUCGGAUACCCGUAUGGGGGAGAAAGACAUGAUGGGGAAAUGGAAGUAGGGGGCUGGUUGAGAACUGACACAUCUUUGGAACAUCCUAAACCCUAGCCAUUUCAGCCUGACUAUGCCUGAGGGCAACAGCUCACGGCCCAAAUUCUGGCAGCUUCCUAUUCUUCUGCAGUUUGAUUUAUGUAAUGAGCCAGUCAACUUGUUUCCACUAUCAGCUGUUGGGAUCUAGAAGCUGCUUGCAGGGGCAUACAGUCUGCUCAAGGCCUGACCAGAGUCUCAAUGCCCACUUGCAUUCCAGGGGGCAGCUUUGAAUGCUUCUCAGUUUUGUGGUACUAUAUAAGCAUUCCAAAUGGGAUGCUGUCUGAGUAACAUGUCUGUAAUAAUAGAAUCAUAGAGUGGUAGGGUUUGAAGGGAUCGAGAGGGUCCUCUAGUCCAACCCCCUGCAGGAAUCUCAACUAAGAGAGAGCCAGUGUGGUGUAGUGCUUAAGAGCGGUAGAUUUGUAAUCUGGGGAACCAUGUUCACGUCUCCGCUCCUCCACAUGCAGCUGCUGGGUGACCUUGGGCUAGUCACACUUCUCUGAAGUCUCUCAGCCUUACUCACCUCAGAAUGUUUGUUGUGAGGGAUGAAGGGAAAGGAGACUGUUAGCCACUUUGAGACUCCUUCGGGUAGUGAUAAAGCGGGUUAUCAAAUUCAAACUCUUCUUCUUCUUCUAAAGCACCCAUGACAGAUAGCCAUCCAACCUCUGCUUAAAAACCUCCAAUGAAGGAGAUUCCACCACCUUCUGAGGGAGUCCAUUUCACUGUUGAACUGCUCCUGCCAUCAGAAAGUUAUUCCUGAUGUUUAGUUGGAAUGUCCUUUCAUGUAAUAUUAUAGCCCUUUUUAAGAUACCGGUGUAUGUUGGUGUUUGGAAUCUACAAAGUGAGGAAGAGAAGUAUCACAAGAAAAUACCUUGGGCUGCAAUCCUAAGCCCACUUAACUGGCAGCAAAUGUCCUUGAACUCAGUAGGAAAUAAUUCUGAGGAGACAUGGUUGGGAUUUCGCUGUUGCUAAGUGCAGCUCAGUUGGGACCUUUUGUUGCUUUUUUGCAGUUGCUAAUACCAUUAGUGUUGAAAUAUUGAGGUGAGAGGGAGAGUAUACGUUCUUACUCUGGCCAUUCAAAUAUCUAUUUUGAUCCUACUUUUCCUACAGUAAUUCGAAAAGGAAGGUAAGGAAACCAAACUUUAGAAGUUGCUUUGAGUAUUCCUGGUUUUGAGUCUUAAGAGGGCAGAGACUUGAACUGCUGCAGGUGGAGAAAGACAGUGUCCCCAGUGCCCCACCUUGAUAACUAUUGGAAGUCAUAUGCAAGAUUAGCUAGCACUAGGAAGGGUGGGCUUGCAUUUGGGGUAAGUACUAUCCACCCAACUGGGUGGCAAAUUGCAAGGUUGAACUUACAAAGUUUAAGCCUUUAGGGCUAAAGACAUAAUGCCAGAAAAAAAUUGCUGAAGGUACAGAAACAAAAAUGGCAGUAAAAAUCAAUCUAAAUUGUGUUGACUCACAACUUUGAAGUGUAAAAUCUUCUGAAAGCUGAUCCUGGUUCUUCACCCUUGCAGAAGGAGCUUGGGAGCAAUUUCAGCUGACGGGUUGCAUAAAAACGUUUUAAGUAUAUAGCCAGGACCUAUCCCAUUUGUAAUAUUUUCACUGUGAGAUUUGUGUUAAACACAUUCUUCUCCUCAAAUGAAUCUAGUCUGUCUAUACCAGAUUUAAUCUCCACUGCAGGUCAACCCAGUUUUCCCAUAACAUGGAAUACAUCUUAUUCAAGGCCUUUAUACUAUGCUCUUUAGCUGGAAAAUCACCCAGAGUGGCUUACAAAUCAGUAAAAACAGCAUAGUCCCUGCCUUCAGGCUUACAGUCUAAAAAGGCACUCACAAGUGGGGGGGGGGGAGGGAUAGGGAGUGAAAGCAGAAAUAUUGGUCACCAAAUGAUUAAUGUUACAAGUUUCUCAUAGUGAUCAGCUUGGAUGGGAACAGGCUGCUCACAGUUUAAAAAGCAGGCCUUGGCAGAUCCUUAAAAAUAGCCCAGCGACCCAGCCUUCCUAGAAGUUGGCCAUAGAGAAUGGGGCCUAGCUGGAAUCUGCCAGCUUCUUGUCAUUCCUGUCACAUCAAGUGGUCUAAUCGGGGACAGUUGAUAAUACAGCACACAUGCACACCAGAGAAGGUAGUCCUGACACUUCUCACAAGAAAGUUGGCACUGGGGGCCUCUGUGAGAGCAGAGAAGGGCCCCACCCUGGUGAUAGCAGCAGUGAUUGAAGGUGGCAGUUCCUUGCUAUCUGUUCAUUGCUGCUUCAACACUGUUUUAGGAGGCCAUGUCAAACACUUACAAGCUAUCUUAUAGCAAAGGAUUGAGCCUAUAGGCAGCCUGUUUUGAGGCCUGCCCUGUGUGUUUGGUGUGUUGCACAUGUGCCUUGAGGUGGGGAAGAGUUAACGUUUUUAAAGUGCUUUUAAUGCACUAAAACGAACGUGGUCAGGAGUGCUCCCCCCCCCACUUCCAUUCCAGACCGUAAUGCUAGAUUGUGUGAUUCUCAAGAGGUAAAAUUCAAGUGAGCAGCACUUAGAAGUGUUAUAUCACAAGAAGCAUUCCAAAGACUGGCCACUCCCUCUGUCUUAGCUUUCUGGGAAGGAGUAGAUACAAUUAAGCUGGACGUUAGAAGCAGGUUUGCUGACCAGGGAAUGCAUCCUAGGCGCAUUCUGACUUCAGUGUUGCCUUUUUCACAGUAUUUCCAGAAGGUGAUUCCUCAUCAGUUUGAAAACUGUCCUGAUAAGCUGAUCUUUAAGGCUUACCAGGUCAAAUACAACCCUAAGAAAAUGAAGCGGUAAGUAUUACUUUAUCAUAUAUCUCAUAAGUGUCUUUUGUCGCUUUCUUUGGAAAGCUGUGUAGGUUGAUGUGGGAAGUCCCCUGAACAGCUACAGUGGUACCUUGGGUUACAUACGCUUCAGGUUACAUAUGCUUCAGGUUACAGACUCUGCUAACCCAGAAAUAUUACCUCAGGUUAAGAAUUUUGCUUCAGGAUGAGAACAGAAAUUGUGCUCCGGUGGCACGGCAGCAGCGGGAGGCCCCAUUAGCUAAAGUGGUGCUUCUGGUUAAGAACAGUUUCAGGUUAAGAACGGACCUCCGGAAUGAAUUAAGUACUUAACCCAAGGUACCACUGUAUAUCGAAGGAAUUUCUCUUGGAGGAAUUUUUAUUGCCAGAAACAGGGUUUUCUGUUAUGAUUGAUGGCACGUAAAAGGGGCCUUUUCACCAGAUAGUGUUUGUGAGAAGUGGUCAUGGACUGUUGCUGAAACUUGGACACAGUAGCACCUAAUUUUGUUGACUGUAGACACGAAACACCUUUUCUUAUGGGUGUUUGUCUCCCUCAGCUCACAAGACCUGAGGUGAUACCCUGCUGUGCCCACACAUUAGCAGAACAGACUUCAACCUGCCCAAUGGGACUUCCCUUUCCUCUUCUCCCCUCUACAGCCCUCUGCACACCCACCAAAUAUGCUUUGGAGGGCUGGAAGACCCCCUGGAGCAGGAUUUGGGACAUUCAGGAGGCUGCAGGGUGGAGGAGCAGAAGGAGGAAUCCACUCGCACAGCAUCAUGUUGGAUGUUGCCCCUUCUGUCCAGAAUUAACUCAAUCUUAUGUGUGUUUAUUGCCUUCCUUGUGUGCUUCAUGGAUUUUAACAAUCCCUUUACAAUCACACAUUAACAUAAUUAAAGUGCAAAUUAAGCAAAUUGACCCAGUCAAAAAUAAACUCCCAUUCCUACCCUAUGUAUUGGCUGUAUAAUCGGCAGAGUCGUUAAACAUUAAUGGGAAGGGAGAGAGAACUUGGAACCAUUGUUUGUAACAAAAGUUCAAACAGGGAGACUAAAUCUGAUUGGAAACUCUUCCUGUACCAUGCUUCUAAAAUAUGGUGCUCUCACUAAUUGCUAAGAUACCAAGUUCUAACCGGCAGUAAGUGUAUGUGGAAUUUGCAGUGAAAAUACUAAUGGUUAUCCACCAAGAAACCUCUCUGUGGCUUGUCCUUUUCGAUGGGUUUGAUCAUCCUACUUUAAGCUUACAAAGAACACCCGCAAAAAACACAUGAUUUAAAGGACAUCCAUGGUAAACAAGGGAUGCGGGUGGUGCUGUGGUCUAAACCACUGAGCCUCUUGGGCUUGCCGAUCAGAAGGACAGCGGUUCGAAUCCCCGUGACAAGGUGAGCUCCUGUUGCUCGGUCCCAGCUCCUGCCAACCUAGCAGUUCGAAAGCAUGCCAAAAAGUGCAAGUAGAUAAAUAGGUACUGCUCCGGUAGGAAGGUAAACGGCGUUUCCGUGCGCUGCUCUGGUUUCAGUGUUCCGUUGCGCCAGAAGCGGCUUAGUCAUGCUGGCCACAUGACCCAGAAAAACUGUCUGUGGCAAAACGCCGGCUCCCUCAGCCUGUAAAGUGGGAUGAGCUCCAGAACCCCAGAGUUGUCUUAACUGGACUUAACUGUCAGGGGUCCUUUACAUUUACCUUUUACCAUGGUAAAUAUUACAUUGGGGAAACUCCACUCCUAGUCAAAACGAAGCAAGCAGAAAACAACCCUGAAGGGUAAGGUUAGUGUUUGAAUUAGUACAACAUCAAAAAGCACCCAAUACUAAAACUUAACUUUCUCUGUGUUUUUUCGUUUGCUCAAUUUCAGAUAAAUUUCAGGGGUUAGAAAGAGCAUGGUGUGGCUUUUUGUGGAACUAGCUAAUUGUGUACCUUACAUCCUAAAUAUAAAAUCUGUUUAAAGAUAGGAGAUCCUGGCUGCAAUUUAACAUAUUUGUAAACUGGGGUCCCAUCUAUUUUAUUUAUUUUUAUCUAACAAAAAUUCUAUAUUGUUUGAUUGUAAUAAAAACCCUGAGCUUUUUACAAGAGAUAUUAAAAUGACUAAGAGUUCAAAACAAUGAAACAUUUUAAAUAUUGUUAAAAUGAAUAACAAGAAGAUUAAAACAUAUCAUGUAUAUCUAGAUAGGCUUGCGCCGAAACAAAAAUGCUUUAGCAAGAGCAAAAAAAAAAGAGAGAGAGAGAGAGAGAGAGAGAGUCCAGUGAAGGUACCUGCGUAAUUAUCAGUAGGCAGGUGGGAACAAAGCGUUGGUGCUGUUACACUAAAAGAUCUCACAAACAUUAUGUGACACCUGUAACAGUGCCAGUUCCACAGGUUAAAGCACUUGAGUGGGCACAUAAGGGAUAAGGCAAUUCAGCCUCAGUACAGAGUAGCAUGAGAGUGAGUGUAAAAUAACGUGUUGUAGGAGACUAGAAACACAGCCAGCUUUAGGGUCAAUAUGUUAACUGCUAGCGGAUGCAGCUGAAUCAUAUAUUACCAUUCCUUAUUGACUUAAUUGGAAGUUUAAAAGUCUCCUGAUCGUGCGACAAAUACUGCAAGCAGCCUUGUGUCACUUAGUAAUCAUGAAGUGUGACCCGGGAGACUUUGGAGUUGUGUUUGUCCAGCAUGGAUGGUUAGCUAUUCCAGUCCUUGGCUUCUCUAGCAGCCAGAUUGGGUGCAACUGUAGCAAAUCUGAUUUUUGCAUAGAAAACAGGGGUUGGGAUCUGGUUUAAGGAGCAGAAAAGGGCAUCCUGGUGAAGGCAGCUUAACCUCACAGGCUGCUCACCUUCCUACAGUCCAUUGCCCAGACUUUUGUACCAGAAAUGAGCCUAGCUUGGAGAAAAUAGACAAGGCAGGCAGUGCCAGUUAAUUAACUGGCAGGCAUGGGAAAGAUUAAACUCCUGUUACCCAUAAGCCUAUUACCCAUGUUCCUUAAAUUCUAACCCAAAUAGACUUCUUUCAAUGUGAUGGGGGCAGAUCAGGCAUUAAAUGCACAGAUGUGCUGCUAUCAUAUCAGGCUUGCCUCUCAGAGCAUCUCCAGAGCGCUGGCGUUCUGUAGGGAGAAUCAGGGUGAACUGUAUUUUGCCUGUGUUGCAGACUAGAGAAGGAAUACACUGCAAUCAAAAACAGAGAGAUGGAAGAGCAGAUUGAAAUCAAGGUAAGCUGCCUCCUUACCUCCCUCCCCUGUACAUUCCUGCACUUGUCUUGCACAUAUGGCAACAUAUAGAACAAAAACAUGGGUGUUCACCAUGCUUCCUUUCCCAAAAAAGCAAGUCAACUUACUCUUUGUUCUUCCAGUGCAAGGCCUCAAGACACUGUUAUCCUAAGGGUGCGCAAUGUUGUCUAAUGGUCAGAUCACAUAGAUGGUUUUGCUGUUUCAUAGCAGUGCCUUGUACCCUUGGUAUAUUGGUCCUUCUGUCUGCUGCAGGGCUUGCAUUCUUUCUACUGUGUCCUCUGCUGUUAUAGAAACUCUUGCACUUCAGGCAAAAGUUCAAGUGCUCACGUACCUUGGCUCCUUUUGUGUCAUUCAGUGUACCUUAGUUCUUUUAAAAGCAUUCCUUUUAUACUGAACUUUAAGAUCUGUCUCUCUCUCACUCUCUCUGGUGUAAUGCUUGCUUCCUGGUUAUUCAAUCAGCUGGUUGUGCAGAUGGCUCUAGCUCGGUGUUCAGGAUUUCAGCAUAAUUUCUGCAUGCUGGCCAUCGCUUAACAAAAGCUGAUUCUUACAGAUUAGAAUGCAUGUUGACUUUGAUCUCGCUUGCAGAGGCUCCGUUCUGAGAACCGUCUUCUGAAACAGCGAAUUGAGACCCUGGAGAAGGUGAGGAGAGUACCCAGCCGCAUGAAAAUUCACUUCCUCCGCUUCCAGACUAGUUUGGCCACCAAAAACGAGGCCUUACACAACCGACUGUCCCGGUUGACUGUGGACACUACUCAGGGCGCUAGCCAUUAGUCUCUGCUGCAUACCUUCACAGAGACUGCUGGGGGUGUUUUUAUUUCAGGAGGGUAGGGAGUAAUAUAUGUCCGAAGCAGUGUUACUCAGCUCUCUCACAACCUUUGCUGGUAAUGAAGAAGCGGCAAAACCUUGGUGAUCUGCUGCCUGCACUCUUUAAGAUGGAAAAAGUAAACUGCAGGAGCUGCAGACACAUGACUAUAUCGUCAGCCCAAAAAACUUCAGCUUGGAUGAUAACUUAAAACAGAAGCAACUUAUAUUAUAUUCUAGACAGUCCAAGUCUGCUAUUGGGACUUCACUGUGUGGCAAUUGAACCUUUCAUUGUUUUUCAGCUAUGCUGUGCCAUAUACCUCAGAUGACCUUAUUUUGUGCUAAAUAUUAAAGUUUUACAUGAAAAAUAUAGAAGUUAUUUGGCCCCGUUUUGAUGUACUGUUAACAGAGAUCUUGGAGACUUGCCCAGAGCCAGCAACUCCAGGGAGUCUGGCUGAUUGGAGACUGGGCAACACACAAGUUUGACUCCUAAAAUAAGAUCUCUUCCAUCGACCUAAUGGGCAAUAAAAUUACAGGCCGCUGCAUUUGCAGAAUUGAAGCGAAGUUAACGCAAGACAAGAUUUUCUUGAGGGAAUCCAUAUCUGUUUGCCUUCCCCUGUGGACAGGCACAAAGCACAUGCAUAAAAUGUGCCUUGCUUUCUCCAUAAAGGGAAGUGUCACGCUGCAGACUGGACACUGUUCUGGAAUGGAAGUUCUCUACUUGGGCUCUGUUGGGUUCUUUAUCUUUUUUCUUCUUUGCUUCUAGCUAUAGAGUGCGUGUGUGACCUUGCUUUUGUAUCUUUUUCUUUCCUUCAUCUUUCCUUCCUUGUCUGGAUCUCCCUCUUCUGAGUCUGUAGGAGAGUGCUGCUUUGGCAGAUAGAUUGAUCCAGGUAUGGUACAACCUUUUUUUAUUUCUAAUUCUCCUCUUGGUGUAACAUUUCAUUCUAGGACAGAAAAACCACUUGCAGCCUUAUCUUUGUGUUUGGGUUUACUUGGCACUUCCACCCAGAAGAGUUCAGACUAACAAUUCUGUAUUGGUUCUUGAAUCACCCGUAACAUUCUUUAAAGGGGGACUCUUAAGUUGCAUCCAUUAGAUCAUGUGAUAUUAAUGAUGCUACAAUCCUCCCUGUUUUAUGCAGCUAAGGAUGUGAGCUCUGAAGCCGUAGCUUUCUACAUCACUCUUUGCUGAUUGGCUUUUAGCUAGAACGAUGCUGACUUAAACUGGCUGAAAGUUUCUGGGUCUUAGCAGAUCUAUUAUUAUUAUUAUUAUUAUUAUUAUUAUUAUUAUAUUUUAGCAGAAACAAAAUUAACAAUGCUCUGGCUGACUGACCUGGUUUUGGGAUACAGUGCUGUAGAGACUUUAAAAAUGUAGCCCUCAACUACUUGUUGUGGGAGGGUGAGGGAAGUGAAGUAUCAGAGGAAGAACCAUGACACUACAACCCCUCUCUUGUGUGAAAAUCACUGCACAGAAAAACAUUUUCUGCAGUAUCCUUGAUAUCUAAUUUCUUACAUAGAUAUCACGUCUAUAUGGGAAACAGUGUGCAGACUACUUUAUUUAUGGAGAUACUGCUUCCAUAGGAAAUUACAUGUCUUCAGUGUGAAUGCCCAUCAUUCUUUAUUCUGCAAAGUCCUAGAAGAAAUAAGGGUUUAUUAAAGCUGCAGGGGAUUCCAUUGGAAGCUUUCUGAAUGGGCUGUAGAUGUGGAUAUUGGAAGUUUCUCCAUGGUUAUCUUUUUAAUAUGUGGAUGAAUUUUCUUCCAAGACACCAAUAUAUAAACUAUAGCUGCAAGGAGGAGCAGGGACUAAAAUCAUUAAAACUGCUCUUAGCUAAACAUCUGCUUCUGAGCUUUGUGUGGAAAUGCAUGGGAAUAAAACCUUCAGGAUUCUGAAAAAUGAGGUUCUUAAUAACAGUCUUCACCAACACCUCCAGAUAUUUUGGAUUAAAUUUCCAUUAGCCCCAGCCAGUAUAACUAGAGUUGAUGGCCAUAAUAGACCAAAACAUCUGGAGUGCACCUUGUUGGCAAAGCGGUUAUAGCAAAUUAGUUCCAACUAGUGUUUAACGUGGACGCGGGUGGCGCUGUGGGUUAAACCACAGAGCCUAGGACUUGCUGACCAAAAGGUCGGCGGUUCGAAUCCCUGCUACGGGGUGAGCUCCCAUUGCUCGGUCCCAGCUCCUGCCAACCUAGCAGUUUGAAAGCACGUCAAAGUGCAAGUAGAUAAAUAGGUACCGCUCCGGCGGGAAGGUAAACGGCAUUUCUGUGCACUGCUCUGGUUGGCCAGAAGCAGCUUAGUCAUGCUGGCCACAUGACCUGGAAGCUGUACGCCAGCUCCCUUGGCCAAUAAAGCGAGAUGAGCGCCACAACCCCAGAGUCGGCCACAACUGGACCUAAUGGUCAGGGGUCCCUUUACCUUUAGUGUUUAACGUUGGGCUACUUUUGAACAAAAUACUUUUGCUAAUUAAGUAAGAGUUGUAUACCACUCUGUUUAGAAUUGUAAGGUAGAUUAUGUGGAUGACUUAACAUCACCUUGACUUGCUUAUACUACAGGACUCCUCUUGUAUUAUUGCCUCAGAUGCCUGCAGGCAGAGAGGCAACUCAUACAAACCCUCCCUUGGGUACAACACUUCUUUCCUUGCACUGAGAUACAUAUAUGGGAAGCUUAGUAUAUGCCCCAAAUACUGGGCAAACUCAGAAGUUGCAAACAAGGUCUGGCAUCUCAUUGUGGAAGUGGCAUAACCAACACCAAUACUGACAAAUACUGCGCUUGUCCUGUGAGGAUACCACACUCAGAUUUCCACGCAUGGGGAAGAGCUCCAAUCAAAGGGAAGGACCUCCUGUUUUCUAAGAACACCAAUCUUUCCCAAUAAGAAUACUUACUGUUUUUCUUCAUCAGUUUUCUUAUUGCUGUCAUGGGUCCUUUCUUGUGCUGUACAAAUAGGAAGUAUUCAGCUGUUUAGUGUUAACACUGAAUGAUCCUUGGACGGCCUGUUUAACCCUUAUUCUAAACUAUCCUGUUCAGUUACUUGAUGCUACAUGCCACUGAAUAAAGUUUUGCUUAGGGUCAAAAAACAGGAUUAGGCUUGAACUCUGUUUUUCAUGGGAAUCAGAAUCUUUUACAGCUCUGUUAGAUUUUAGUACUAGCAGCACUGCUUGAAGUUGGGAGGUAUUGGCAUGAUAUGUAAAACACAAAUCCCCGCACAACUGUGGAUACUGCUUCUCGUCCUGUUAGUGCAAGAAAGCACAAAAAGGACUGCCUUGUAUAUGAAUUCAUCAGACCCCAGCUUCCUUACAUGUGUACCUGCAAUUUAGCUCAAUAAGUUAUUAAUUUGUCCGUUAGUCUUUUCAUAUAGCUUCCCAUAUUAUUGUUUCUGGCCCAGAUUUAGAUGUCUAUAGACAUCUCCACCCCUCUCUCAUUGCAGAAAUUAAUCAUGAAAUAAAGUAGGACAGAGUCAGCUGCUCAACAACAACAACAACAACAACAACAAAUCGGCACUAAAAGGGGCAGCGGGGAGAUCUUUUCUAAAAGAUCUCUCAAAGCUAACCUCCACCACCCCCACGUCUGCCUGUUUCAAUACCACAAUUUACAGUCACAGAAAUUGUGUGGGUCCCAAAAUAUCUCUUGAGUGUCAAAGGCCAGGGGAAAGAGGCACAUCUUCUGUAUUCACCAACAACUACAUUGAAGUUGCCACACACACCAUUUUGGGGGAGGGAAUUCCACAACUGCCACAGAAAAUGCCCUCCUGGGUUACCACACCUGAGCUUCUGAGGGCAGCUAUCUCUCAUUGUGUUUUUCUUACUGUGUAUUUGUAUCAUUGGCACACACAUUGAUGUACAGCUAAGGGUAACUAUUUUGCAAAAGCACACAGUGCUUCCAAUUAGAGAGAGACACUGUAGUGCUUCUAAUGGGUCCCAGACACUCACCAAGUGGUUCUUAAUUAAGUCUGAUGGAGGACCUACUUAAGAUCUUUGCCAGCCGGAAAAGACUUGGGGUGGGGAGGAACCAUGAUGAAUGCAGAUGGUAUUAUUCAGAGAAGAAAAGCUGGUGUGGUGUUGAGGCUGACAUAGUGGGCUUGGAAAGAGGAAGGAGGCUCACAUUCCCUCAGUCUGAAGCCCAUUUGCCCCCUAGUCCAUGGGCAAGUCACAGAUACCUCUCAAGGGCAGAAGGUGAGCUUCGUGGUUUCCCCUAAUCGGUUUCCUGCCUCUGCCCACAGGUAUUCUCUGAAUUUGCGAAUUGCUUUUGAUGACUGGACAUCUGUUCCUUGUAUACACAAUAUGGCUGAUGGCACAGGCUCUGUGUAAAGACAAAUUCCUGGAACAUUAUGUUUUCACAUCUUAUGCUGACAUAAGGCAUAUAAAUAUUACAGUUUCUAGGAAUUACAAUUUUUAACUAAUAAGGCACACAUCUUUUACAGUUGCGCCUAGAAAACCGUGAAAUUCUUUGGCCCUCCCCAACCCUUGCUGCAGGCUGUGCCUCCCAAGGAGAAUCUAAGAGUACAGAACCUUCUUUCUGUAACAUAACAGGCCCUUUCGGAGCAUGUAGAUCUGGGGGUUGUAUUAAAUGGGCCUUGUGUAGAUUUGGGAGAGCUGGAAGUCUUUUGGGGGGCAGUGUUGCACAACUGGAAUGAGAAGCAUGAUAGCAUUUCUGGGCUAGAUGCCUUUUAAAGCACCACAUGUAUCAAAGCCUUCCAUUCAAAGCACUUUGUGUCAGAGAGAUAGAUUCUAGCUUAGCCUUUUCAGUAAAGUGAUAGCUUAGCUUUGCACACAUGCAAAGAGUUUUACAUAGGAUUGCUUUCAAAGGAGCAGCCCCCCUUCAUAUACCUUGUGAUGUCAUAUGAACUUAACCACAUGUAGCAUUAAAAGACUGGUGCACUCCUUAGUCAACCAAGUGAAAUAAAAAUGGGAGCAAAACCUACAUGCACAAUCCUUUUUCUGUAGGGCUAGCGCUGGAGCAAUGCUUUGGGAAGCCGGUAUGCUAAUUAAUGCUACUCUGCUUACCCCUUUAAAAAAAACAAACAACUCUUAAGAACCACCCUGCUGGAUGAGACCAAAGACCCAUCUAGUCCAGCAUCCUGUUCUGACAGUGGACAACCAAAGGCCUAUAAGAAGGCCACAAACAGAGCAUGCACACAGCAGCAUUCUUGGCAGCUGGCAUUCGGAAAAGUGCUGCAUCCAAUACUAGAAGCAAUCCAGCCACCAUAGCUAGUAGCUGUUAAUAACUUUAUCCUUCACAAAUAUGUCUAAACCUCUUUCAGAACCAUCUGAAUUGAAGGCCAUUACAAUAUGUUGUGGUUGCAAACUAUGUACUGUGAGAAAAAUGCUUCCUUUUGUCUCUCUAGAAUCUUUUGACAUUUAGCUUCAUUAGAUGGUGUUGGGUUUUGGUAUUCUAUGUGGCAGGCAGAGACGUAUCUCUAGCCACUCUGUGUGCAUAAUUUUAUAUAGCUUUUGUCAUGUCACACCUAACUUGCCAUAUUUUCAAAACUGAAAAGCCUCAAAAGUUGUAACCUUUCCCCCAAGGGAGUUGUUCCAGUCUCAACAUCAUGUUGGCUGUCCAUUUUUGAACUUUUUUCAGUUCUACCAAAUAACUUUUUUGAGUUGUGGUGUCUAGAACUGUACACAGUAUUUUAAGUGCGGUCGCAUCACAGAUUUGUAUAAGGGCAUUAUGAAGGUCCCUGCUCCUUAACAUGGAAUUUGCCUUUUUCACAUUUGCCGCACACAAAGUCUGCAUUUUCACUGGGCCGUCUACCAGGGCAAGUCUCAAUACUGAUCCUUGUAGGACUCCACUUCUUACAUCCUUCCUUUGUGAGAACUGUCCAUUUCCCCCAACUCUCUGGUUCCUGUUCUUUAACCAGAUAACUGAUCCAUAAAAUGACCUCUCUUCUUACCCCAUGACCGCGAAGCUCAGGAGUCUUCAGUGAGGGACUUUUAUCAAAUGCUUUUUGUCAGACUAAGUACGUACGGUUGACUGGGUCACACCAAAUGUUUAUUGAUACUCUCAAAGGACUUUGAAAGGUUAGUGAGACAGGAAAACUGCAGCCUAAAGAACAACAGCAACAGUCCUAAUUCUGCCAAAGAACAACAGCAACAGUCCACCAAACCACACCCACUUGCCAUAUAGGUGUGGGGCGGUAAAGAUGGGGAGCUUUAAAGUGCUCUCCUGAUCGUUCCUUGGCAAGCAAAGCUUGGUGUCUGUGCUAAUCAGUGCCGCUGGGAUUACCUGCAUUGCUGACCUGCCAAAAUGACCUGUCAAAGGUGGAGAGCUCAACUAGCCAUUAAUUUCUCAGAUCCAUCCUGGACUCCUUUUUAAAAAAAAUGUUGUUAGAGUGGCCACUUUAUACUCUUGCAUACAAGACUGAUCUUGGGGAAAAGCCAUGUAUUUUUGUUCGAAGGAUUCUUCAAGAACUCUCGGGUGGUUACCAAUGGGACUUGGUGAUUUGUUUGGUUUUAAUUUGUCAGUGAUGCCUAGAACUUCACAUCUUCUCACCAGUUUGCUUCAGUUCAGGCGCAGGGAUCUGCCCUGCAUUUUCUGCAAUGAAGACAGAUGCAAGGAAUUUAUUCAGCUCCUCUGCAAUCUCACUUUCUUCUUUUAUCACUCCUUUGAUUUCCCCUAUCAUUUAAAGGUCCAACUGCCUCCCAGUUUCCUGCUUUUUAUGUAUUCAAUUUUUUUGUUGGUCUUAAUGUUUUUAGUGAUGUGUUUUGCAAACUUUUCUCUUUUUUUGCAUCCCUUGUUGUCUGCUUGCAUUUCUUUGCAUUUUCCUGUUUAGGGAAGUUUUUAAUGUUUGAUGUUUUAUCACAUUAUUAUUAUUAUUAUUAUUAUUAUUAUUAUUAUUCUAUUGGGAGCCGCCCAGAGUGGCUGGGGAAACCCAGCCAGAUGGGCGGAGUAUAAAUAAUAAAUUAUUUUUAUUUUAUUUUAUUUUAUAUUGUCAAAGUUCAUGCUGCUUUUUGCUCUCCACAUUUGGGCAGGACUUUCAUUUUCUGAAGGAAGACGUCUUGCCUCUAAUGCCUUCCUAUACAUUCUAGAUGAGCUUCUGUCAUAGUUUUGAAUAACUUGCAAGCAUCUUUGAGAGAUUUGACCCUUUUGACUGGUAAAAAGGAAGCUGAACGGCAGUUUUCUCAUUUUUGAGAAUUUUCCUCUUUUGAAGUCAAAUGUAACUGUUGGACUUUGCUGGCAAUGUCCCACUUACAUCUACGUUGAAUUUGAUAACACUGGUCACAGUUCCCAGUUGGUUCAUCAACACUUACAUCUUGCACCAGGUCCUGGCUGCCUUUUAAGAUUAAGUCGAGGGUAGCUUCCCUUCUAUUCAUUUCCAUGGCCAGCAGUUUUCGGGCACUGUCAUUUGGGGUAUUUAGAAACUGUAUCUCUUUGUCAUGAACAGAUCACGCAUGUACCCAGACACCCAUUGUUACAACAUUUUCUCCUUUGGAUACCUGCUUGAUUUCAUACAUCAUCUCAAGAUCACCUUGCACACUUUAGCUGAGGGCUGGGGGUGAUAAUACUUUCCCCAGUACUAAGGGACUUCUGGGACAUGGAAUUGCUUCUCAUAGUGAAGCAGUGGAGGAGAGUGCACAUCCUCUAUUGGAAUCCCAUAGAGAAAUGACAUGUGGAUGUGUUUCUCUUGAGAUAAUAGCUUCUCGUCUCGUUUUUCAGGGCCAAGUUACCCGCGCACAGGAGGCUGAAGAGAACUACAUCAUCAAGCGAGAACUGGCAGUGGUUAAGCAACAGUGCAGUUCAGCAACCGAGAAUUUGCAGAAGGCUCAAAGCACUAUUCGGCAAUUGCAGGAACAGCAGGUGAUGGGCAUCACAUAUGAAACAACCCGGGGGAGGGGGAGAGGUGAAAUUAAAGAGGUACAAGUAAACUGGUUUGGUGUUGGUGGUUUUCCUGGCCCAAGAAGUACAGGCCCUAUUUCCCCCCCCCCUCCCUAAUAGCACAGAGAAUUCAAUGCACUCAAAUUCAUGGGUUUCUAAAAAUUAGUUUUACCAUAUUUUGGUCACUAAGAACAUUAAUGAACACAGGAAUGUGCACUGAGUAAAUAUACCUUCAUCUUCCUUUUUUUUUUUUUAAAUGAUGUUUAUUGAGAAUUUUAAAAUUACAAAAAAAACAAAGAGAAAAAGAAGGAAAAAACAAGAAAGAAACAAAUAGCAAUUAAACAAUACAAAUCAAUAAAAGUCAAAAGCAAAAAGCAAAAACAAAACACAUAGCACAUCAAAAUCAGAAAGCAAAAAUAAACCACAAAGAUUUAAAAACAGAUCCAAUGUUCCCAAAUCCUUAACUGUCAUUACCUUAUUUCAUCGACCUCCUCACACCUCCCUUUUUUGUAUUCUAGUUGUUGAUUGUCACAGCAAAUCCUUUCCAUUUUUCAUAAUAUUCUGUCAUUAAAUUACCUUAAUCUAUUUUAACCUUAUCUUACCAUAAAAAAACCUAAAACUUAAAAACUUAAAUCUUAUUUAUACCAAUUUCUCAUAACCAUAACAUAUUCUUACAUAGUUCUUUUUAAUAUUUCUGCUAAAGCCAAAUAAUUUCGUUCCAACAUUUUUCUAAUACUCAUUAAUUUUAGAAAACAUUCCUAAGUAGAAUUUUUAAAACUUUCUUCCAAUCUUCAUCCAACGUCUCUUCCUCCUGGUCUCGGGUUUUGUCAGUCCUUUCUAUCCCAUCCAUCUAGUUCAUUAACCUGGUAACCUUAUGUCCGAGGCCCUUAAGUCUCUUCCAUGUCCCUUCCGCAGAUCUUCUUCAUAUUUAUACCUGUACUUUACUUUGUCUUCUGCUCCUUUCACUCGUGGAGACCCCAGCUUGACAAUAUUUUUGUCCCUUCUCGACAGAUCAGCCCCUUUUCCAUAGUCCACACUGAACUCCAUGUGGUAUUUAAAAGCAUGCUUCAAGGUCCCUCCAAAGUUGAGGACUCCCACAACUCCAAACUCCUCCCGGCCCAACGCCAGACUUGAAGGGUCAAAACAUCCCUGCAUAGGGGGGUCUAUCCAGCCCCCCAUCUCCAAGCCAAGCAAGACUCUGUCUCUCCAAAUCUGGCUUUUUCCAGGUUCAUUCGUCAGAUCCAACAACUCAUGUUCCUGCUGGGCCAUGGUUCCCUCCAUCUCUGCAUCCCGGGGUCCAGCCACAACCUCCUCCCUCAUUUGAUCUGUCAGAGCACACUCCUGAAUUGAUUUCUGAGUGGGUUCUAUAUAGAUACCCACUACCUGUCCAAAACUUCUGAUCGCAACAGUCAUCAAAUCCGUCUUCUCAAGUAACUGUUCCAAUAAAGCACUUGUCUUGCAGAAAGCACGCACCAGAGCCUCCGAGUACAUUGUUGUGCAAGGUCAAAGUCUGAUCCCACGAUCUUAAUCUAUUGCAGCUACAAAGCUCCCCAGUUCAGAUUUAAUAACAGUUUCACAAGCUCCCUCUAGGGGAAGAACUUCUAUUUGUAUCCAUCUCUCUCUUUUCUUUUUUUUUAAAGCAGAUCUAACAACAAAGUUUCCUUUUUUAGAUAUUUUGUCAAUAUUUUGUUCCUUUUAACUGCGAAGGAGAACAAUGGAAUCACUAUGUUUCUCUUCUUAUAACUAUCUGUCAAAAACGUUUGUCUAUAGUCAAUGAACUCCAAAAACGUCUGUCCUGACACCCCGCUCCCAGGUUCAAGACGGUGGAAAAUUGCUUUUCUUUACACUCUUCUGCAGGUUUAAACAGUCCAGAAAAAAUCCCCCCUCUUCUCCUGCUUCCAAAGGGGGUUCAGUAGUUUUAGAUGAUGAAAGUUGAUCCUUUACAAACAGUUUUCAAAACUCUAGCUUGCUAUGUGUUUGCUUUAAUCUUUCUACAAAAAGCGGAAGGCUGACUUCCUGUUUAGACCUUCCCGCUUCAGUGCCAAAUUAAAAGGAAUUUCUUAGUCUAAUUUUCCGUUCUACUCACGGGUUGUUGUUUAGAGUCCAAUUGUCCAAAUUUAACCUACUCACGGGUAGCUGUUUUUGUAGCCAGAUUGUCACAGGAAAAAGGUAGCGCUCUCCGGUAACGGCUGUGCGGCUUCGCUCCACGGAAGAAGCAGUUGACUCUCAGCACCGCGCCGCUUGCCCCGCUUCGCUCCGGAGCCCGUAAUUGGGCUCCUUUACAAAUUGGGGGCGCGCGAAAGGUGCCCGCCGAGUCCCACGGUCACAGGCUUCACCCGCCUGUGAUUUUUUAAAGGGUCCCCGCUUUGCCGUAGCGGAACAGACCCGAUUUCCGUAGAGCCAGUCCCUCUGGAUCAGAGGGAGUCCGCCAUUACCGAUGGCGCCACCCCGGAAGUCCUCACUAUACCUUCAUCUUCCUAAUGCAGGGGGAGGGAACCUUUUUGGCUCCACAGGCCAGAUCUCUUUUCAGGAUCUGCCUCAUGGGCCAAAUUUGACAUGAGGGGAGGGUCAGUGGCAGAAUGUUAAACAUCUCCCUGCCUACUUUUCUGCCCCCUACAAGUGCAUUUUGGUAAACACGCUCAACCACUGCAGUAAAAACUGUAGAAAACAUUGGAGAUGGCAUUUGUUACUUGAAGGCUUAUGGAUGGUUGCAACAUCUAGGAACUGUAGUAGCAGUAGUAGUAAUAAUAAUAAUAUAUUACUUGUACCUCGCCCAUCCAACUGGGUUGUCCCAGCCACUCUGGUUUUAUCAACGUUUCUCAUCCUGUUUGCAGGGAAAUCCCCGCUACUCGGAGGAGUUUGUGAGUCACCUGGAAACAGAGCUGGAACAGUCACGUUUGCGGGAGUCUGAGACCCUGAGUGCACUUAAAGAGAUGCAGGACAAAGUGCUGGACAUGGAGAAGGUACAUUGGCUAAAAGGACUAGCAUGAAACAUGCAUGUUUUAGAAAACAACCUAGGCUAGUAGGGCCUGAGCUCCCAAAAGCUUGAUACAGACCUCUCUGCAAUGCUCAUGUUGAUGAAGAUUGUAUUAUGGGGGGUGAAUUUACACUUAUCAGUCUCAGCAAGGAAAAGUCAAGAGAUUACCUUUUCUUGUUUGCUCUUCUAUGAUUAGUCUUCCUUUCUGAAUAUACACCUUGAGGUUACAUCAGUAGUUUCUGCAGAAAAACUGUUGAAAACCGCACUUUUCAAGGGCAGUUUAAAUACGGAUUUUAUCAUGAUCAAGAUGCAUUCAGGAGAAAUUGUUGUCACUGGAAAGAUAGCAGGGAAAGAGCAAUUUUGGGUGAGAUUCAUCCUCACAAAACUCAUCAGAACUUAUUGGGUAUAUUCAUCCUGGGACUCUAGGUAGCAUGCGUGAUAUUUAAAGAGGUCUGGUUUUCCUGAUUGCACUCUUCAGAAUUUUGGACUUUUGGGCACCAGAGUGGGUUGAAAUGCUUCAACAAUAUCACAAACCCUCUUCCCUCGGCAGAAGAAUAGCUUGCUUCCGGAUGAAAACAAUGUGGCCCGCCUUCAGGAAGAGCUGAAGGCUAUGAAAGUGCGGGAGUCUGAGGCUAUGAAAUCCUUUCGGGAACUGCAGCAGCAGGUGAAGGAGCUCAACGACAAUUGGCAGGUAUGAUCCACUGGAAUGGUGGCCCCCUAAAGCAGUGCCCUGCUUCCUUGUCCCUGUUGCUGAAUUCCUACAUGCUGCUGUUUCGGUGACAUAUGGUAACCCCCUUUUUUAUGGAAGACUGCAAGGGCUCGACCUGUAAAUUACAUAGUAGUAUAUCUGAUACUCAUACCAAGCAAGGGUUUUAAAUAAAAAUUAGUUAGAUAUAUAAGCAAUCACAGCAUAUAAGGAAAUAGCAUGGUCUUAAAGUAGAGCACAUGGGAGUAUUGAGACCAAUGAGCAUCAUAUGCCUAUAUUAAGACGUGAAGGUUAUCCUUCUGUCUCCCUCACUCUAGGCCCACCUGAGCCGGACAGGCGGGCGAUGGAAGGACUCUCCUCGCAAGAACACAAUGAAUGACCUCCAAGACGAAUUGAUGAGCCUCCGUCUGCGUGAGACGCAGGCCCAAGCUGAAGUCCGUGAACUGCGUCAGAGGGUGGUGGAACUUGAAACCCAGGUGACAAUCUUUUGUUGUUGUUGUUGUUGUUGUUGUUGUUGUUGAGUUGCGGUUAUGGCAAUUCCGCACAAACUCCUUGAAAAACAUAAAUUUCUCCCCAUCUAUUCUUAUGCCUAGAAAUUGACUUGAGAUCUUUCCACUUGCAAUGUGAGCAUAUUUCCUUAACUGAAGACCUGGUUUGGUUUGGGGUUUUUUUAACAUGCAAACAAUGACACUCUAGUCAGUGAAAGUAUAGGGUUUUGUACUGUAUUAUAGGCACUUAUUGAGUACACUCAGAGUGUGCCACGUAAGAAUAUGGUGCACACCAACCUAUUUGUCAUAAGCGUGUCUGGUCUUGGAAGGGUCCAAGUAUCAUCUUGCCUUUAUUCCAGGAUCAGAUCCACAGCAACCAUUUAAACCGGAUGGAGCAGGAGUGUGCUGGGCUGCAUGAAAAGGUCCAGUACCUUACGGCCCAGAACAAGGGGCUGCAGACCCAGCUGAGUGAGACCAAGCGCAAGCAUGCUGAAUCCGAGUGCAAGGUGAGAUCUGGUCUAAUGCCAUGCAGUUGACACAGGCUGCUUUCUCUUAAGCCUUUCAUGCAUGACAAGGAAGGAAUCUUGCUGCACUGCUGCUCUGAAGUCAAGGAACUCAGAGCAGAAAUCAUGCAAAUUUACAGAAUACACCCCACCCUCCAAAUCAGUUCCUUGGCACUGGUGCCCUGCAUUGGCUUACCAGUUGUGGUUUGUUUCAUCCAUUCCCAUUUCAAUAUAACAUUAAACCAGAGAUUGUGCUUUGUGGCUUCAUGCUAGGGAGGGAAGGAAGCGGGUGCCGAUUUGUGUAUUCAUGAAAAACAAUUGACUGUUUACCAUAACAUGCAAACACAUCCAUGGAGAGCCCAGAUUUUGUCUGUUUAUUCUGAAGAGGAGACUGGGCUCCUGCAUGUCUGACAUCUUUGAUUUUAGCCGCUGUCCUGGAUUUUAGUCAGUGUCCUGUGUGUAUUCCUGGGAAUUCCAGGUAGUUUAGUGACUCAUUGUGGGUCUCGUGAGAUCUUCAGCUGCCAAAAGAAACUGCAGGCGGUCCUCCCCCCAACCCCCAAUGUACUGCCCACCGCCCCCAUUGGCUGACCUCGUUGCUUGUACUCCACUGGGCUGCUGCCACUGGCUUGCAUUUUCUGUUUCAGAGCAAAGAAGAGGUGAUGGCUGUGCGCCUGCGAGAAGCCGACAGCAUGGCUGCAGUGGCAGAGAUGCGGCAGCGGAUUGCUGAGCUGGAGAUCCAGGUUAGGGAGCAAGGAGGAUAAGGAGCAAUGAACCUGCCUUGUACCUAAAGCAGCAUUUUCCCCCCAGGAGUAUUUGUUUCUUGUUGUAUGAACUGUUGUUCCUUUUGUGUCUGCAGCUAGCUGAGAGGUCUGGGGGCUAAAAACAUGUUUUAUUUGUCAUUGUUUAAACCAGGGGUAGCCAGUGUUGGUCCCCUUAUUUAGUUCUGCUUACACAGCUUACAAGUUUUUUGUUUCUUUUUAAGAGACCUGAAGAUCAAGCAUUCAACUUUUGUUUACAUAAGGAAUUCUGUACAGGAAAUACAGACUGUCUUGUUUCUCCAAUUCCCUUUUUCAAAACGUAAACAAUCAGCCACACGGACUGUGUCAAAUUUGUAUAAUGUAGACAAAGUGCUUGCUCAUUUGUGCAGUCUGUGAAAUAAUGCAUACAAAGGGGAGGAGGAAACAGCAAAUGUGCUUUCUCUCCACUUCCUUCUCUGCCAAGCAUCCGACCCUUGUAAAUUCCCAUCUCUUCUUUCUUCCACACAGAGGGAAGAAGGGAUGAUUCAGGGCCAGCUCAACAACUCCGACUCCUCCCAGUACAUCCGUGAACUCAAGGAUCAGAUUGAUGAGCUCAAGGCAGAGGUGAGCCCAAACUAGUAGGAGAAAGGGAGGAGGAAUCCACCAAGGGGUUGGGGUUGUGUGACUUCUGGUGUCUUCUCUGCUGGCCUCCGUUAGCACCCUGCAUCAAGUCACGGCUGCCUGUUUUUCUUUUUGAAGAUUUAAUAUUUAUUGUUUGCAAUCGAAGAAUACAAAUACGCCUCCGUCUGUGUCCCCAUUCCUUUUCCCCAGCUGCCUAUUUCUGUGCAGGGCCUCCAGCUGGAGAACAGACAUAAGCGACUGGGGCUUACAAAACUGCUGAUUUCCUCAGGAGCUGAUAGAGAUCAGAAGUCAGCUUUUAAGGUGCGAGUCAACCAGGUGGUUGGCUACCAGUUGGAACUCACUGCAAAGGAGCUCCAAAGACUCUCACCAGGGCAUAGGAAGGAGAUUUCAGUGGGCGAGAACUAGGGUAAUGAUGGAAGGUGCAGAGUAAGUUAUCCCCCACGCCUAUGUGAUGUAAAAAACAACAACCCCUUUUUCUUGCUGUAAAGCUAGCCAUCUCAGCCUCUCGCACACCUGCGGAAAAGUCUUCCCUCUCAAAAGUUAUUCAUUUUCACAGCCCAGAUUCCUUGCCAACCCUGGGAGGGGAUGUUCAUGUCACACAGACAAAUGUGCUCUUCUGUUCCAACCAGGGUGGAGACUGUAUAUGUUGUUUGAUAACCCUCUGAUCUGGGGCGCGGCUUCCAUUUCAACUUAUUCCCUGAGCACAGGAUCGCCACUGUUUUCAGGAGUUUUUUGUGCAUGUUCUGCGUGAGGCGUCCUCUCCACCGUGGGUUCUUUCUCUGCAUCAGAGUUAAUGUCAUCUAACGGUCCCAUUAGGCAGAGUGCCAAGUCCAUCAUGGCUGUCCCAGUGCAGUCGUGGGGAGCCUGCGUCCCUCUGGAUACAUUGGGGCUCCCCACUCUUGUCAGCCCCAACCAUCAUGGCCAAAGGGUCAGAGACAGUGGGAGUUGUACUCUGAGGGUUCGCAGGACCCCCCCUUCCUAUCUUUGCCCUAACGCCUUCUCCCUGCAGAUUCGGCUGAUGAAGGGACAGAAGCCUUUUGAGGACUCCAUGGGCUUUGACGGCAUCCACAUUGUGAGUCACCUGGCGGUGGAUGACGACUCGCUGCACUCUUCCGACGAGGAGCUGCUGACCAGCCCCAUGGUGGUAGGUGCCCUGCAGGAUGUCUUGUAUCCGCUGUCGCCCCACAACACGCACUUUCUACGGGGGGCCGAGAGCUCCGGCAAGGAGAGCGACGGCACCACGGAUAGCGAUGCGGACGACCCUGCCUCUGCCACCGAGCCCAAUGGCGAGAUCAUCUUCGAAGAAGCCCUGAGCAAAUGAGGAAGUGGUGCUGCCGUCCCAAGUCUGUCUGGAAGGCACCAGGUCCCUCUGGCCACGCUGUACUGAGGGUGUGGAGGCCAUAGACAGAUCACGCAAGAUGGAGCGGAGGGCCCCCUUACCCAGCAAAUACCGUGCCCCCGAGAUGGCAUGGGGGACGGACAGUCCUACAGCUGGCCUGCAUUACAUGGGCCACCUCCGUUGAUCAUUGUCUGCACUGCCUUUUUUUCCAGCUCUGUUGUCACUGGUAGUUCAAAUCCAUGUAUUGACCUCAUUCACAUCUCCCACCCUCCCACCCACCGUUUCCACACCUUUUUUUUUCUUUUUUUUUAAAAACUUCCUCCUUACACACAAAGGUUUGCACACUUGAGAACUUUGAAGGGACAGCAGAAGCAACCAGGCCGCUGGUUCUAUAAAAUGCAGUCCAGUAGUAAUUAACCUCUGUCUCCUUGCUGUGCUUGGAGAGAUGAGAGGGGUCUGUCUUCCUUUUAUUUAUAUGCGAUCCCCUACCCUGCUGUUCUGCAGAGAGGUAAGAAGAUUGGAUGCCUCCACACUAGUUUGUGGUUUUCAGCCCAGGAAAGGAUGGAUAGAGAGUGCGCUUCUGAAGAGGUGGCUUGGAUCGAGAGAGAGAGCUUUUAUUUUUGUUUCUGUGUAUAUUAUUUAUUUAUACUGUGCAAUGCCAAUCCGUCUCCCUUAGAGGAGGCUUGGCAUAAAGCUUUAAGUUCAAUUAUCUUGAGGGCUUUUAAGGAGCAGCCAGAACUGCUUUUGUAGCUAAAGGUAUGACAUCUUUUCUAUUUAAUUGUGGUAAGGGAAGGGUUCCCCUUGGUAACUUCUGUGUCUCACUUUGCCUGAAGUUCUGUUCUGCUGCAACCAUUACAGGAGUUUAGGCGCUGCCUUAAUCCAUAUGGUCAGUGACAGUUCCUCCAGAAUUCCCUGCCUGGAAUUGUGUGAGCUGAUGCAGUAUUCUUUCUCAAUUCCACCUUUAUGGCUAUCUUUUCAAACAUUGGUUCUUGCAAAGUUCCUACCAAUGCCUGGCUUACUUCGGGGGGGGGGGGUGGCAGUCCAUCAAAGCACCCAAACCCUAGGGGUUUUUUUAAGGAAAGAAGGGUCCAUUAUUGGACUUUUAGUCUGUUCAUGAUUUACAAGGCCAGUGCAAGUGGCUGAAUUUUUUGGCACCUGAGCGAAUUGCCUAAAGAGUAUUUUCUUCUUGGCAAACAAAGUGAUGAGAAACAUGGGCUGCUUGGACAUCAGGUUCUGCCCUUUUUUAAAAAAUUCUUUUUUUAUUUUAGUGAAAAUGCACAGACUCUUGUAGUGGAACUACAUAUGAAGCAAACAUGAGGCUCCAAGCUCACUGUUUGCCUCCUAACACUAUUGGGUCGGGGAUGGGAGGGUUGCAGGGGAGAUCAAGUGGGAGGUGUGUGCUUAACCCUAGGUGCCCCUUCCACUCUUGCCUCUGCACGUACGUGAACCUUCAGACAUGCUUGUAUAAUGUGUAGCUCUGCUCCACAGAAGCAGACCUCUGUUUGGGGUAGUGGAGGUAGAAACAUUGAUUUCUCAACAAGAACGCUUACCAUGGCCAGUGCUGACAUAGCCACACCAGCUAGAGGUAACCCGUGGAGCAAUGCUUUGGGAAGCGGCAUGGUGCUGAUUUGGUCCAGCCAAAAAUCACUCUGUAUUUGCAAUUCAUGGUCCUUCUCUUUGUUUUCAACACGGGGAGGAAGCCUGAUAAUUGGAUCCUUCCCCUCUUAACAAUAGAGUCCAAGAUUAAAAUCAGCAAGGCCUCUCUCGUGUCACACUUUCUUUCCACUGGUGACGGAGAGAUCUCAAGGACGUGCUGGUGUGCGAAAUGUAUUUUGUCUUGCAAGGUGUCUGAAUAAAGGCAUUGUUGCAAAUGAAGGUGGAGACCAGCUGGUGUUAGGAGGGAUUCCACAGAAGGUCUGUGAAGGAGGCGGUGAAGUAUGCUGAAUUCUGAAGAUGUAGGAUUUCCACCCUGCUGAGGAGGUAGGCAGCUUCAUCAGGCAACAUCCCUGGUUAUAGAGAAUGUUCCCUGGACAGUACCAGAUAGUUCCUAAACUGUGGGAUGCUUCUGCUUUUAGGGAAGGAGAAGCAUUUGUUGUCAUGGGCAUACUUUUCAUCUGUUUCCUUAUACCAAGCUUGUACAAAUUUAUGCUCCAUUUGAUUUUGCCUAAUUUCUAAAACCUGCAACAAUAAACCUAAUGAAGGUUCUGUAUGAGAUGCAUGGACCUCUCUUUCUGAAAGGUCUCCAUGAUUUUUCACUUGGCAUGGAUUUGCAGUAUAUUUGGUCCAUAGUUGAAGGAGGAGUUCCUUUGGUUUUCUCCCCAAAUUUUAUGCUGCAUGCCUCUUAGCUACAGGCAAGCCUUGUUGGUCAUUUUACCUCCCCAACUCUGGAUUCCUCUAGUGAGGUUAACCCAGCAUUUACACUGCAGAAGCAGGAGGACAAACCUGCACCCACUUGGCCCAGCCUGUCACAUGGGUGGCCCUGAAGUAUUAUGUAUGUACUUAUAUGAAUAUGCCUGGGGGAAAGGCUCCAGUUUGGUAUAACCUUGCAUAUUUUAAUAGAUGUAUUCUAUAUAUACAUGCUGCACCGUAUUGCCAAAUCUCUGUGAUUUUCUGUACCAUUUUUCAGUCUCCCCUCCCCCCUCAACCCAGCAGCAUAGUAUGUGGUCCAAACAAGAGUUCAGCCCAAACUGUUGCUUUGAUCUCCUUGUGUCAGUCUGAUUUCAUUUCUUUGCUAGCAGUGGGCACAUGUUUGCAGUUUUGGAUGGCUUGUGAAACUGUUUGCCGGUUUGUGCAUCAUAAUUCCUAGCAAUUGUUGUUGAUACUUGUUUGUGUAGUGCUACCCGAAUGCUCGCUUGCCUCCAAGGCUACGUGUUAGGAAGAUCAUUAAUCGCUGCUGUUUCUAAAUCUGGAGUAAAACCCCGCUGACUUCAGUGUUUCAGAUUUACAUUGGAGUAAAUGGGAGAAUAUUUUUGUUAGAAUCGAAUCCAAGCGGCUUCUUUGGCCUGUUUUUGUCAGGGUUUGGGAUUUGUUUUGCAUAUGAAAUUCACUUGGAUGUGCAGGCCUUACUUUUAAGUUUGUUCUAGCAUGACUGUCCCUGAAGUGACAUUGGUAAUACUACAUUAAUUAUUCACCUUUCUGUAACCCCUGUUGCAGUGGUUUCAAGACUAUGGUUGUAGAACAGGGCAAUAUGUUUUACCAAAAGUUGCUACGUAGUUGAUUACUCCGACUGCUGCUUUACCUGCAAAACACACUAAGAGCAAAUUUGUGUUUUCCCUUCCAUAUUGUAAAAGAAAUCACAGUGUGCUCAAAAUAAGUGGUUUCUCCCAGAGUUGUCUGAUCUCUCAGACUAGAUCCAUGCAACAACAGGAGAGUAAGGGACGAGCACUCCGGCAAGGAAUAUUUAUUUAUAUCCUUUUGGUGCUCAGAGUGAGCAACAUACAACCAUAUGAUGAAACAAUUAUUUAAAAUAACAUGCAGUAAAGCUCUAAAAACAGUAGUUUAUUCCUAAUGAAAGCCUAAUUUGACUCCUUGGUACCAUGGAAGAAUGACAAGCAUUAAGGGCAAGGGCAAUUCUAACUUUGCUAUGAUUUGUGACAGCACAAGGGACUCGAUCUACUGCUUCAAGCUGAUUCAGCCUGUUUCUCCCCACUGGGUUUGGCUAAUUGCUAGGUGAGGAUAAUCCCCAGUGAGCUAAAUAACAUUAGGUCAUGUAGCUGAUUUUUUUUAAAAAAACAACCCCUAACCUUGUUGCUUAUAUUGAAGUGAUUUACUUCUCAUGCACAUCUAUUUAAGGUCAUUAAAAACAAUCCCUUUAAAUCAAGGUAACAAAAAAAAAGUACUGUAUUGAUCUCAAAGGGAUUUUCCUAUUUCUUGUGGUAAUCGUUGGCUUAAAAGGUAAUGGUGUGUUUUGGGGGCUCAUGUGAUGGAUACUUGCAUAUGGGAAGUGCUGGUCUUCUGCAUACUAUCCACACACAGACUACAAAGCAAGCUUCUGCCUUGGCAUAGAGGAUAGGAGAAGACUUGAAGCCCCCCAGUCUGGCUGCCCCAAAACCCUCUCAGGCAGCGUUGUGUUUGUGUCUUGGAGCAAGGGUUUUCUGCUCCAAGAGGCAUAGAAAGGCCAUGCUGAGCCACCUGCCCCCCCCCCCUUUGCCACCCUCACAAUCUUGCUUUGACUUUUGUAUUACAUUUUUAUAACACUAAAUAUUGUGAAUGGAUUUUAAAUGAUGAUAGGGGGGUGUACAUCUGCAUACCAAUUUCUACCCUAAAAUAAGUUUGCACAGACCUUUUCUCUUCUCUUGAGCUACACCUGUGACCCUCCUGUAUCUCUAACGGCAGCAGGUUAUCAGGAAUCUGGCCUUCUGUGUUCGAUCGCCUACAGAUUCCUAUACUACGUACCAGCAAACGGUGGUGCCACCAUUGCGGAAAAACCAAUAUCCUAGAGCAGGUGGUUAUGUCUUGCUCCAGUCUGUUCUCCUGGGACGAAUAGGCUGGGGAUGGUGCCUGUGUGUGAUCUUUACUAGCUAUUGACAAGGUUCAAUUUGCACUUUAAUAGUAGCUCUUUCCCUUCAUCAUCGAGGGAAAACAAUGUGGUGCUGUGUUUAGACUGGGGUUGGGAGUGCUGCUUCUGUUCUCCCACCUCUGACACUUGACUUCUAGUUAUUCUCUACCUUGAAUGCAUCCAUCCCCUUCUUGUGCACCACAGCAUCCCCUUCUACAGAAGCGGGAGAGGCCGAGUGUACUCUUGUGAAUAAAUCAUGUGGCCCUUUGUUAAUUAUACUAAACAGAACUUGGCUUCCCAGACUAGGUCCCAGUGUACAAGCUGCAAAGGCAGUAUCCUGCUGGAGACAAAGCAGAGCUAGAGGAUUGAAGGUAUGAUUGUGUGCUCCCCAGAUUCUAGUUUGUUAUCCUAGAAAGAAUAACUGCGAGGAGCAGAGCUAAAUUAAGAGUUUCAGCACUGCCAUCCACCUAAUUGUACAUUUUCUGUCCUAGAGAAAGUGGCAACUGGCUCUGCCUGGUUAUGUUUGGAACAUGGAUGGAUCAAGUUAGUGCUUGUGGGUCCCACCUGUGAAAUUGCCAACACACAUUGUCCCCUGAAAUGGUUUGCUGUGUUGCUUUUUAAUGUUUGAUAUUUUUUUUCCACAUGGUGGAAAAAUUGUAUGCAUAAAACACACAUGUGCCAUUUUUAAAAAAGUAAUAAGAGAGCCUGGCCCUAGGGCAAGAGUGAGAGUAAGACACAUUUUUCUGCUGCAACAUUAAGGCUGCUGCUAUGUAUGUGUAAUGCAAGCUGCAGAGCUGGAGUCCACAGAUCCAUUGCCAGUGCCCUUAGAACAGGCAUGGCCGAACUUGGCCCUCCAGCUGUUUGGGGACUACAGUUCCCAUCAUCCCUGACCACUGGUCCUGUUCGCUAGGGAUGAUGGGAGUUGUAGUCUAAAAACAGCUGGAGGGCUAAGUUUGGCCAUGUCUGCCUUAGAAUGAAUGUUACAUCAACCUGCAACAACUAUUUAACCCACACACAUUCACGAUCUCUGUGGGAGCUGGUAAUACAACCUCACUUAGGACCUGGCCUGUUGCACUGACUCGACACACAUGCCCACACACAAACCAUGGUGAUGUUGUUAUGAUGGAAGGGUGCUUUUAAUGGUACCAGAAUUAAGCUUGACCUGAGUGACUUUGCAUCAGACAUUGCUAUGAGGAGGAGCAGUGCAUCCAGACGGGUUAGUAGUCCUUAAAAGAAAGGAACAGUGAACUAAGAAGGUAGCACAGCUGAGGAGUUUUAUUUGAGCACUGCACUCUUUUUCAGCAUUGAAAAGUAUUAGCAGACGUCAUAAUUACACAAACACCACCGUGUUAAAGGUUGGUUACUAUUUUAGGGUUUUCUGUAGUGAGUCUGAUGCUCCUUCUACCCCUACGUCGUCACUGUUUCAAAGAAAGACUUCUUCUGGGUGCGUAAAAAAAAUGUAAAAUAUUGUUGCUGUUUGUGUGGUAGUUUCUGAAGUUCACCUUAAAAUCCAGGAUUGCUCCAAUCCAGUGAGAGCAGUUGCCCAGCUGAUAUAAAGCAGCAUUGGAGGUAGUGGUACACAUUUGCCACACCUUUAGCUAAAAAUCCAGCUCCAAUUUUAUACCAUUCUGUGGAACAGUAUGAAAUGACUAUGUGGUUGAAAGCCCCUGUAUUCUGCACGGCUCCAGUACUAGCCCACAGCUGCAUCUAUCCAAAGGGAAUGUGCACAUUGCAGUGUUCGGGCUUUCCAGGUUGGAAGGAAUCUUUCUCUCCUCAUAGUCCCCAAACUGUUCCUCAAGUCAUGCGUUUAGUGUAACUAUGUACCAGUGUCCCUUCUCUGCUCUUCAGAAUAUAAACUGCCAUUCUUUUCAGCCCACACCCAUUUUAAAACAAAUACUGCUGUACAAAAUAAUAUCUGUACUUUCAAAAAAACCGACGAAAUAAACUAUUUACACUGUCUUAAUA